AUGCGGCAGCGGUUCCCCCGGCUUAUUCCUCUCCUCAGCAGGACUGUGCUGCUCUCCUGGGGCUGCUGCCUCGCCCGGCCUCUCGCUCCGCCUCGCCUGCUUUUGCUGCGACAGCGGCUCUUCGUCUCCGGGUAUCGUGUCUCCUUCCCCACCUCCUCCGCCACGCGGCGCGCCGUUGCCCCAAAAUGGGGGUGUUGUGUGCCAGUGUAGUAGUAGUAGUAGUAGUAGCAGGAGUAGUAUUAAGGGGGGGAGAGGGGUGUGUGGGUGUGUGUGCGCGCGCCCCCCAGCUCCGUCUUUCCGUUGUGUAAGCCGUUGAGGAGGCGCGAGGAGGAGGGUGGGGUGGGAUGUCUCUCUCCACCCCCCCACCUGGGUUUCUGCCCUGGUUGUAUAACAGGCGGUUAAAUGUGUGUGAUUUUUCUGGAGGGGGACCUCUACCUGGGAGCGGGUGAAUCAGCGCUAAUGCGAGGCCGUGGGGGAAGGGAAGGUGGACUCUGGCACUGAGCUGUUUAAGGAGGGAGGCUUGGCUUUGAGGGGAAGGGGCGGUGUAGCGGCCUCUUUCUCCGAGCCUGCGAAGUGACUCUGGUAGGCAAGAAAGGGGGUCGGUCGUAUGCGGCUGCGAAAUAGCCCCCAAGCGAUUGAGUCGGGUGUAGUGGUGCAAGUAGGAGUAAGCAAGUCGUAAACAGCUGGCGCAAAUAAUGCUCAGUGGUGGCUGUGGUUGUUUUCUUUUCCCUAUCCCUCCGCCCACCCCUUGUAUUUUUUGCUGGGAGUCAUGUUUUUAAUGGGAGGAAUUCAACGUCACAUUGGUCGUAACCGGUUUACUAAGGGGAGAACUUAGCAAGCGGCGAACGAUCGCUGAAAUUCGAGCGAAAGAAUUUUUUUUCGCAGAAAAAAUCUGGGAAAUCGAGUUUUUUUCUUCGCAAACUGCGAUCGUCUUUAAAUACUGUGUCGCCGACGGUACACGAAUGCUUUUCUCUUAGUGUGUGCGAAUGUCAGAAACGAGAGCACAAAAUACAUGCAUGCAGGCGAGGGUUUUGCAAUAUCGUGUUGCUGUUUUUUAAGUGCGACUGUUUUGCAUGAGUUGGCAAUAUUAGUUGUUUACCUACAGGGCUGAUGGAAAGUACUUCCCUGCAAGUGUGUACGUAACAGGUUUAUCAGAUUUCCGUUGUCUUUGAAGAGGAUUAGCUUUUAAUGCUUGCAUGGCUUUCAUGUGGACUUAAAAACACAGUGCAGACAACUUUGUUUAGAGCAAGAAUCGGGAACCAUGUUAGCCCAACAUUAUGUAAGUUAGCAAUGCAUUAGACACCUUUAUAAGUUGUUCCGCAGGAAGGAAGCUUCUCUCCCCACCCAUUCAAAACUGUGGUUUUGACACUGUUUAACAACUAUUUUACUUUAUAGAACACAUGCAGGAAUGCUAAACACACUUACUUGGGAGUAAGCCCCCACUGAACUAAAUAAGACUUCUUAGUAGACAGCUGUACAAUUGUACCAUAAAUCAUUUUGAAUUCAAAAGGUAUGCCAUAAUUGAACAGAGUAGGAUUUGGCUUGUACUCAGAAAACAUACUUAAAUACAAAUGAGGCAACGGUUAGUUUAAAUACAGUAGUUUAAGUACAAUAUACAGCAGGUAUAUAGGGCAUCUGUUUUCUGACAGAUUGGUCUGUAUGAGGAAGAACAACCACAGCGCUGAACAAAAGCGUGCAAAGCUUUGAAAAUGUAUAGGCUUAGGUUAAUGUAGUAAGAUGAGGUGCAACAAAGUGCUCUUGGAAUUAAACUCCAUUGAACUUGGUGGGAGUUGCCUACCACUAAACAUACAUAAAUAAGAUCAGGUUGUACAGGUUUCCAGUGAAUGUGUCAUGUAGUAGCAAGAUUUUUGAACUUAAGAGCUAUUAUAAAAAAUUAUUUGAUCUAUUUAUUAAAUAUAAAUCUGUUGCUAACAUAUUAAGAAAGGAUGACUGAGAAGCUUUCACCAAAGGUAACUUAAUACUCUGAUAUAUGUUGGAAAUAAAUGCACCCCUUGAUUCUGUUGGAAUUAGGCCCACAUAACUGCAUCAGUAAAUUUUUUAAAGAAGUGGGACAAAGGUUUCAACAACACAAUCCAUAAAACGAGUUGGCAACACUUCAGAUUAUUUCAUGCUUUAAUUAUUCUUUUCUGCCCGUAUGUGCACCACAUGCAUGUACUGUACACAACAUCAGAAGUAGGGCUAUCUCCUAUUUAAAGAAAUCUUAAUUUUUAGUUGCUCUGCAUACAUUUGCACAUUAAAAGUUCUUCAGAUGAUUUGAUUUCUCAGCCCUCCUGUGUCUUCCUGGAGCAAAUGGUACUUCUAAAAUGUUCUUUGAACUUUUUAAUACAUUAUCAAUACUGAUUUUUUUAAAAGGUAAAUUGAGGAUACCUUUCCAGUUGGGCACAAUGUUUAAUUCAUUGAUCAAAUAGUUGCUGAAUCGCACAACAGAAGAUAGCUUCGUUUUGCUGGAGCAAUAGACAGUAGUUGGAUUUUCUAUCCACCCUAUGAAUGUUUGGACAUGGCCAAUACUAAUACAAUGAGAUCAUCCAUCCAGGCUCCCAUCCUACACUGUUACACCUUUUGUUCACUUUGUUUGUUAUUUUUUCUUAUUCACAAGAAAUUCUAUCAUCUCCAGAAAUAGGUUUUUUAACUUCUCUCCCCCCCCCCCCCAAUUUUUUUGGGCUGUGGCUCCUGUUUGCUAACAGAGUAUCUCCAUUUCAAUGUCAGAGUAUGAAAUUAUGCUCUUUUACUUUCUCUUGAUCCCAUUAGAUUUAUAGUACCAGUGUAUCAUUGAAUCUGAAAUGUGUGUCACAGUUGUGGGCUACAUUGAUGUCAAGAACUUCUACCUCAAAUCCCUGGGCACAGUUCUUGAUGUUUCAGAUCUUGUCUACUGAGCAGGGUAUAAAACCAACCCUGCAAUAUAGUAUACUACCACCACUCCUUAAGUCCAACCAGCCUGGGCCGAGAGACCCUUACUGAAUCCUUCUAGGAUAUCAGAGAAGGAGAAGUUAAAAGCAGGGCACUUAGGAACUGGAUUCAGUACCAAGGCUUUAUCCCAAAAGACAGACACCCAUCUUAAAUGAGAUAGUUAUUCAAAGGAAAAGCAUGUGAAAGUCCCAUAAAAAGUGCAGAUCUUAAAUACAAUUGACAAUUAUGAAUGGAAUCAUGAAACUAACUUUCUAAAACUGACCCGAAAGCUUCCCUAGCACAGAAAAUAGGAUCUUGCAGGCAUUACAAAGAAACAGGUACAAGCAACAGGAAAGAAGAGACAAAGGGGUGAAGGCAAUGGCUAACUUUAUAGUAAAAAGGUAUAGCAACUGGGGUGAGUCCCCUGAGCCAAUGAAACGCUUAGAAACUUCCUGAACUUGGGCAUAUGUUCAUUCUCACAGCUGUAGUCGAUUCUCAAUUAGCAGGCCCAGUCGCUGACCUUGAGACACAGGAGGGUGAGAUAACGCAGGUGCUUCAAACUGAUGAACUCAUCCCAAUUACUGAAAUAUAACUGUUUCUCACAGAGGCUUAAAGCAAGAGAGCCAUUUUUCUUGAUAGAUGUUGCUGAUUUCAUGAAAGGUUAGUAUCUUGAUAGAAAAUUUGUGUAGUAUGUUAAUUGAGUCUUCUCUCUGUAAGGCAGGGUAGCUUUCUUUGACUUGAGGGAUUCACUUAGGGGCCCCAUUCCAGUAGUAGGUGUGGCUGCCACACACUCAUUAAUGUACUUGCAUGUUGCAUGCGUGCAGACACUCUUACACAGAAUAUCCACAGGCAGACAGCCUCCCCACCCCAGCUGAUCCACGCUGAGGGUGAUUAUCAUUCCCUCUCUGCUCAGAUGAUCAAUCUCAUGACACUGGAGAGUGAUUUGAAUUCCCUUUGGGGAACUGGGCUCUUCCCACUCCAGCACUGUGUCCGUUUCAUUUUCUUUCUUUUUUGCUGCUUCAGCAAAAAUCAGAGUUUUGGGAGGGCCAGAAAAAUUUGCUUAAGGGGUCAGAUCAGACCUGAACUGAGAUUAGCCAUCCCUGUUAUAAGGUGAUCAUACAGCAGCAAAUAACAAAGAGAGGGUAUAGGUUGGCUUUCUUUUAUCUUUCUAAGGUACCUACUAGAUAAGAAUUGAUUACAAGAAACAACAAAAGUGGUUAGGAAAAAACUGUGUUACUUUUUUUGGUUAAAGCAGCUGGCGAGAGUGCAGUCCAGUUUUUUAACUAGGUUUUUUUGGUAGUAUACAGGGUGACUUAAUAUUUAAAAUAUUGGUUGACAUAUUUCCCAGAUAGAAACAGAUACCAGAUUGUCACGUGGUUCCUAUUUAUAAGUACCCUAUGAAGUAAGUGAGUAGAACCCUCCCAGCAACCAGCUCAUCACACACUUAAACUACCAUUGGGAUCAAUUCUAAGUAGUGUUCCCAUGAUUAGUAGUCUUGUCUCCAUCCUUUGUCACUGAAACAUUAGAUUGUGUGGGCCCUUGUGAAAAUGGAAAGGACAGCAAGAAACAAGCCAAUUAGAGAGGAAUACUGUUGGAAGGCCGAAAGAAAUGUGAUCUUAAACUACAAGGGAAACGAAGGAAAAGGGGAAGCAAGAUAAAAAGUUAGUUUCAUUAUUUUCCUAAGGUGGGGGGGAUAAUCAUAAUAAAAUGAGUAAAUAAGUUCUACAAAGACUAAAAAGAAGAGAUAAUUAUGCAGACCAGAGCAAGGGCAGGAGUCUUAUCUGGUUUUCUGGGAUAAAAAUUAUACUUCAGGUAUAUCAAAGCUUGAAGGCAUUGACAAAUAAUCAGUAAGAUCAGGAGCUCUUGACCCUUUAUUUUGUGAGGAAAGAGAGGUAUCAGGUGAAUAUAUCUGGUUAUUAUAUCUGCUGGAUGGAGUUCACAAUACUGUAGAAAAACAGUGACCUUUGAGUGAUGCGAGAUAGUCAGCUAGGGAUGUAGCUGAAUCAUUUUGGGCUUCCUACUUGUUUUGAUAUGAGAUAGCAAUCUUUCUUUUCAUUGUGCGAAUAAAGUCCUACGUGUUGCAGUAAAUUAACCUUUCAGUUCAGCUCUUGCAGACACCUGUGCACCUCACUGAUAUUUUCCCAUUAAGUUAUUGCCAAAGAACUUCAGGCUUUGUGAGCAUCUGCUUCUGUGUUGCUGCACUGUGCAUGGUAUGAAAAAACAUCUUUUCGAAAUGAACUGUUGUGUAUUUUUUCCUCUAUCUUAUUCUCACUUUGGUGAAACUUCUCUGUUUCCUCUUCUAAGCGUGUUAAUGCCUGUUAUUGCCACCAAAUAGUCUUGUAUAUGAUGAUUGAAUGGGGGGGGGGGCUUGUAAGCCAUUAAGCCCAACCCCUUGCUCAAUACAUGAAUAACAGCAUUUAUCCUUCCUGUUAUUCCAUUUGAGUCACUUCCUGUGUGGCUACCCUUUAAUGACAGCACCUGAAAUGCCAGAACUUUGUACACCACUUGUGAGGGUGGUUCUUUCAAUUAAUGUCAUUAUGUUCAUAAUUUAAUUUUAGUUUAUUAUAUUGUAUACCACUAUGGGUCCUCUUUAUUUUUAGAAAUGAUAAACAUAGUUUAUCAUUACUGAAAAUAAAUGCUUAUGACAGAAGCAUUCCUCUAAAUCACUGUAAAAACCUUUAUAAACAGCUUGGGAGUACGUAUGUGUUUUUGUGUGUAUCCUUUCUGUAACUCCUUCCCACGCAAUUGUUUAGAUCUCAGUUGCAAGCCACUUUCAUCAUAAAAAUGUUCUGUUGAAAGUAACUCAAACUUUGCAUCCGUGAUGUGUGCCAUCGUACAACAUUUCCUCUUUAAUGGUACAGUAUUAACUAUUUCAGAACUGGUUAUUAUUGAGAAUCCCCAGGAAGUAUAAAGAUACGCUUUAUAUAUCUAGAUAUAUAAAGCAAAAAGAUAUACAAGUGGUGAAUUGGGGGGUGUUCAUAUUCUUGUUUAGAAGAAUGCUUAUUGUUCUGGUUUGCCUUGCACAAGCUUAGGAACUAAUUUGAUGAAAGCCAUUUCCCUGUUGAGGUUGUGAGAAGUGUCACUAAUAUAUGGCAUGUAAGUAAUGCGUUUCUCUAUAAAAAUAUCCAGGAGGCAGAGAGAGAGGGAAGAAUAAGCCACUAUACAUCCAAAGUGUAUCUCCAUAGGAAAAGUCCUGUUUUUAAUUGAACUGGAAAUUAAUUGAUCUCAUUAUCUGGGUUAUUCCGGGUCAGUGUUUAAGCUGCUAUAAAUAUAGAUUACUCAGACUGUCACAUGCUAGUUCAAUACUUGUUCCCAGAAGUAUUAUUAGGUACCACCUUAGCAAGUGCAUUUAGCUUCUGUUGAAAGUAUCUUCAUAAUUAUGAUGAGUUUUUUGUGUCUCUAACAGCUGCAUAACAGGUAGAAUUUCAACAGAUGUAGCUUUCUGAAGAGUAUGUACCAUUGCUUGGCAAAUUUGUUACAUGUUUUAUUUGCCUGUCAGAGGCCUAAUAAAGACACAGAGCCCUUGCCAGGACAAAAAAAGUAGGAACUGUGAAAGCCAAGGUGUGUGUUAAAUUAGAUGCAUAGGAAGCACAAGUAGGGAUGAGUCAUGCUUUUGCUGUAACAUGCAGAAGGAAACAGAUUCUUACCUACAGUGAUAUCUAUCAACUCUAGGAUUCAUUUUCUUUUUCUGCUUCUAUGUAGCAUUUGAACAAGAACUAAAUUCGGGAUUCUAAAAUAAAGCAGACAGUUAUCAAUUUAAAAACGUCAUGACAAAAGCGGGAUGCAGGGAGAUGCCAUUUAUACAUUUCUGGAGGUACUUUUGACUUAGAUUUAUGAAUUAGGUAGAGUAGAGAUAUUUGUAGCUGAGUUGUCAACACUUCGUAUGUAAAAGUCUUUAAAACAUCAUAAUUCUUAAAGCAUUUAUGGCAAAAUCAUCCUGGAAAAAAGUGACAAGUCUGGCCUGUUGUUAAACAUCUGUUUAAUGACUUCGAUGAAGGAAUUGAGGGGAUGCUCAUCAAAUUUGCAGAUGACACCUAACUGGGAGGGGUAGGUGAUGCUGCAGAAGACAGAAUUGGGAUUCAAGAUGACUUCAACAGAUUGGAGAAAUGGGCCAAACUAACAAAAUGAAUUUCAAUAGGGACAAAUCUAAGGUUCUGCACGUGCGCAGCAAUAACCAGCUGCACAAAUAUAAGAUGGGGGACACCUGGCUUGCCAGUAGUACAUGUGAAAAGGCUUUAGGGGUCUUAGUAGACCACAAACUUAACAUGAGUCACUAGUGAUUUCUGCAUAGCAGGGGAAUUGGACUAGAUGAUCCUUGAGGUCCCUUCCAAGCUUACAGUUCUAUGAUCUAUCUCACUUCCUUAAUUACUAGAUAUAGCCAGUGACUUCCAAACAUGAACUUAGUAGUUACAGAGAUUUUUAAAUUACUUGGGGUAAGUAGCAGGUGGUGUGGUGUCGCCACCUACCUGCCCUCAUGUUGCUGCUGCUUAGCUGGAGGACUAUUGGGAGGGGAAAGGCAGCAGCAAGGGCAGCAUGGUACAAACACACCAGUGAGAGCACUGUACCAACAUGGCUUCACCUCCUGGUUAGAGCAACAACUGACCAGAGGUCAGGUGAGUAAUGGUACUUUACCACACCACUUGCUUGGGACAUGAGUGAUGAUGCAGAUGUGGUUGAAGUCUGACUCUGGAGAUAGGGGGGUGACACUGCCAGAUCUUUUCUAAGUACAAUGAACUUUUGUGUUGUAUCACACUGAACAAUAUAAAAAGUGUGACUUAAAACUACUGAACAGUAAUGUAUUUAAAUAGAUCUGUACAUUGAUGAAAAUGCCUCUUUUUCAUUACUGAGAGUAAUAUGUCAAAAAAAAAGCUUGUUAUUGGCUGAUGUGCCUUUAAAUGUCACUAUUACUUUAGGAAAUAUGUCACAAUAUCAGCCCCCUCAUCUUCACUCCCUGUCUUUAAGAGUUUUUUAAGGUCAACAAGGAAUGUGCAUAAGGAGGACUAGGCUAAAAGCUAUGUUAGGGAAUGGACUUGGUUAUUUUUUAUUUGUAUAUGAUAGUAGUGAGUUUUAAUGAAUUCCUCCAAAGCUCUGAAUGCUGUCUUCGUUAUAGAAGAGGUGAGAAGUUACAUUAACCUGAUUGCCAUUUGGCAGGAAUUGUGCAGCUGGUGGAUUUUAUUUAAUGGAAACAUUGGCUUCUGUGGGUGUCAUACCUGAAUUUGUCAGUUGCGGGAAUUUCUGACAUUGUAGCCAUUUGAAUCCUUCUGCUCUACCUUGUGCUAUAUUUUGCAACAUACUGUUCAUUACAGGCUUUAUUACUCUAAUUUAGGACUCAUCCUUAACUGUGGAUCGAAAGGUAAAUGUUGUUAACUGUUCCAUAAUGUCAGCUUUCAGAGGCCAAUCAGCCAAAGCAGUACUUUAUAUACAGCUUCUUAGCUCCAGUAUAAAUUGGGAAAGGCCCACAGCUUAAAUGCAAAAUGCACUAUUCUGGUUGCUUUCUAAGUGAAAAACUUAACUUGGACCCAUUCUGUGGACCCUUUCCUCUUACUUCCAGUCCAGUGUCUGUGCCUCAAAACAUUUGUAUGCUACUUUUACUAAGCUCAGUGCACUUUGCAUUAAAAUGAAAAGCAAUACUUAAAAUCUGAUAGAACAUAAAAGCACAAAAAACCACAACCUAAUAAUAAAAGUCAUACCACUCCAAAGCAUCCUAUUUAGCUUCUGUCUACUUCAUGUAAAAUAGUUUGCAAAUCCCUCCAGAAUGCCAUCAAGACAGACUUUUUUUAUUUAAAAAAAUCCAUUUAGAAAGUUAUUCCCGAAUCUCGGAGUGAUAACAAAUGAAAGACUGGCUUUUAGCUGCUGAUUUCACUUCCUGAGGAAAUACAGAGCAGGACUUGAUCUUUUAUCUUACACCAUAAUAGGGUUCAAUACAGAGAGAGGUGGUCCCUAUUGAUGAAUGCUGGGUCCAGGCUGUGCAUGAUUUAAAGCAGAGAUAGGGAGCUUGUGGCCUUCCAGAUGAUGUUGGUCUCCCAACUCCCAUCACCCCCUAGUCAACAUGACCCAUAGUCGGGGAUGAUGGAAGUUGUAGUCCAGAAACAACUAUAGGGUCACAGGUUAGCUUUCUCUGGUUUAAAGGUAAGUACUAUGAUAUUGAAUUAGGCUCAGAAGUUCUCAGGAAACUAGUACAGCUCCUGCAAAAUUGAUUAUAUGUUAAUCACCUCCCCAUGUUCAUCAGGAAGUAAGCAGUGAUAUUCUGUACUAGCUGUAGCUCAUGAGUCAUUUAUGAGGGCAGCUGAACGUAGUACACAUUGCAUUACUUGAUUUUCAAGGUGAUAAAAACAUGGGUCAGUGGGGCAAGAUCUCAUUGAUUUAAAUAGUUGCAGAUUCUGUCUGAGACUAUGCCUUAGAUGAUUAUGUGCAUAACCUCCCUCCAAAGCUUUAGGGUUAUUUACUCACAUCACUUCUGACUUGUCUGGAUACAAUUCGUUUGGCUGACCACAUCCACACCUUCUAUGUCACAGAGCAAGCCGGUCAGCAAAUCACACAGCUGAAGUUAACUCUUGGUUAGAGAACCAGUCUUCACAGAUUUAGCUGAGUACUCCUUGCGUGGCGAGUUCCCGCCCCCCACCAGGAUAAAUAAAGACACCAGACACCAUAAUUAAGGUUAAUUGGGCGAAUUAGGCCACAACUUUAUUGAGUUCAGGAAUGAGAGGCAUUGGCUUAGGCAUUGGUCCUAUCGACUAUCCGGCUCCAGCCCAAUUGCUGGAGACACGGGGAAGGGUUAACACUAUAUCGGGAGUCUCCUGCCGAGGCACGUCGACUAGGAGCUCCCGGGUCACCGCUCUGGGGCGUGCCUUUGGCCCUCACCUCCAUAGGCUUCGGACAUGGCCGCCCCCCGGAGUCCUUUAACGGACCACCCUUCGUUCACUGGGGGGAGGUGAUGGCGCUCCUCCCCCCCCCACACAUCCUCUUAACCCCUUUUUACCAAUGCCUACCGCCAAUGCCGAAGAGUUGUGACGAGUUGCUACGAGGUAGGCGAAAACCCAAAAGGCUGUAAAUUGCCAAUUGGGAAAAAUUCCUACCAUGCCCCUUGCGGCGACAGACCGAAGUCCAUAGCAAAGUCAGAAAUCUGCCUAAAAACCUACCUAGAGGGAGGGAGGGUGGGAAAACGUGAGGGCUAGCCGGCAAAGAGAGGGCGAGCCCCUCCGUGCCGGCCCUAAAUAGCCCAGGCCACGCCCCCAGCCAGCCGAUUGGCUGGCUGGGGGGGCACACCCGGCCGGGAUUCCCCUGUGCUCGCGGGGCUGAAACCAGCCCCCGCUCACGUGGGGUGGGCGUGAAGCCCGCAACCCCACCUCCUGGGCAAGCCGGAAGUGGCUUUGCGUGGCGAGUUCCCGCCCCCCACCAGGAUAAAUAAAGACACCAGACACCAUAAUUAAGGUUAAUUGGGCGAAUUAGGCCACAACUUUAUUGAGUUCAGGAAUGAGAGGCAUUGGCUUAGGCAUUGGUCCUAUCGACUAUCCGGCUCCAGCCCAAUUGCUGGAGACACGGGGAAGGGUUAACACUAUAUCGGGAGUCUCCUGCCGAGGCACGUCGACUAGGAGCUCCCGGGUCACCGCUCUGGGGCGUGCCUUUGGCCCUCACCUCCAUAGGCUUCGGACAGGGCCACGCCCCCCGGAGUCCUUUAACGGACCACCCUUCGUUCACUGGGGGGAGGUGAUGGCGCUCCUCCCCCCCCACACAUCCUCUUAACCCCUUCUUACCAAUGCCUACCGCCACACGAGCAACCGCUCGCCGCCAAUACUCUCAUACCUGAAACCAAUCCCUUAUCCCCUUCACUAUGUCGCACAGCCAAACAUCAUUUCCAGCAUCGGAAAGAUGCACGCCAUCAAACCGGUAGAGGGCCUCACAGUUGAAACGAAUGCCCGGGUGUUCGAUGACCUUUCCACCCAGGGCUGCCACUCUACGCACCACCGCCCGAUCCAAGGCUUUUCUCGCCUUAUUCAUGGCUAUCGGGCACCUGCAAUCCCUCCAAACACGCCUCUCCAUCAAAGAGGCCCAAAUGAUUGUCAUGUCCGGGUAAGAGGCCUUAAGCUCCUCAAAGUCACUGAAAAUGUGCCACUGCAAGUCAACUGCCUUCCUGUAGGCAAGGUCAUUUUCUCCCAAUUGUAUCAACAAAGCAUCCGGGGGGCCCUCCGCUGCUGCUCUGGUCUUAAAUGCGGGCAACAUCUCCGCCCAGCGCAUUCCCCUUCGCGCAACCCAGGAUAAAGUGAUGCCAGACGGUAAGCCGAGGCGCGGCCCGAGACCGGAGUUGAUGGCGCGGACCCUGGCCCAAUGCACAAUGCUGUGCCCGAAUAUCCAGACGCGGACCCCCAUAACACCUGCAAAGAUUAAAAGAACAGGCCAUGGUCAAUUGACCCCAGUUGAACCAUCAUAGAUUUCCUCUAACAUAACGUUUGUAAGCGUCCGAUUUCCAGCGGCCCAAGUCCUUAACCCUCUCCGUAGUAAGGCCCAGGUGCACUGCUGUGGUGGCCGCACCUAUUCUAAACGAGUGCGCCGCGAAAUCCGCAGGGGGAAGGCCACAUGCAGCCAGCGUUGAGCGCAUAACCCGUGUGAACUGUUGACGCGUCAGAGGUAAGCCGUCUGCAUGGAUAAAGAAAGGCCCUGCCGAAUUGGUCCUCAGAUCUAGGAAGCGCCUGGUGUCCUUAAUGGGGCACGGGCCUGGUUGUCCGGUUGCCAGAAGCCGAACCAGGGCCCCCCUCCCGUACUGGUCUGUUUUGGAGCUGCGUAUUCGUAACACCAGAUCCUCCCUAGAGAGCGUAAGGUCGCUCAGUAGUAACCCCGGGAAGAGCCGCGCUGACCCUCUUCAUAAACCACCUCACCCACACGCAUCGCACCAAAGAAGGCGAUGGAGAAUGCCGCUGAAAAUAAGCGCGCCUCAUACUUGGACCAACAGACCGUUCUCAGCUUUUUGUGAAUUUGGGAAAGGAUGUCGAAUGAUAUUGGCCUCCUUACGUCAUGGCUUGGGGGCUGCAGCCUGCGCCAGCCCUCCAGGGUCCUUCGUAUGACGAAAUCAGCGCAUGGAUCAGAAGAAAAUAACACCUUGCAAAAGAAUGAUAUUGCCGCUGCCUGAAGGUUGAUAGUUCUGGGGGCGCGACCCAAACGUUUUAAGUAUACCAAGUAAGAUAAGACCUCGGACUUAACGGGGGGGGGCGUUAUUCCUAUCGGUGCGGGUUUUAUUACAGAAAUUAAGGAAAUCUGACCACGCCUUCUUAUACGAUCUUAAAGUGGACGGAGCCAAUGAGGCCAAUACUCCCUGAAUCACUUCUGGUUCCCAUGACUCUGGUCCCCAAGUCUCCACAGAUGUUCCGGGAACGGCUGAGGAAGCGGCUGAGCCUCCGGUGCUAACGAGCGGAAGCGGUCCAUCUGAAAACGAGAUAGGGCAUCCGCGAUGUCAUUGUUAACUCCAGGCACAAAUUUGGCGGAGAAGUGGAUAUUAAGUUCCAGACACCUGAGAACGAAGGAGCGCAGGAGGGCACCUACCCUUGAUGAUCGCGCGGCCUGCCUGGAAAGGACUCCCACCACUGCUUGGUUGUCAGUGUGGAAGCAAACUCUAUGGUUGCUGAAGACUUCAGACCACAAGUGCACUGCCACAACAAUUGGAAAGAAUUCUAGGAAGGUCAAAUCUCUGGUUAUGGGGGUCCCUUGCCACGCUGGCGGCCAACGUUGGGCACACCAUUGGCCUCUGAAGUAAACGCCAAACCCUAAGCUAGCCGGCAAAGAGAGGGCGAGCCCCCUCCGUGCCGGCCCUAAAUAGCCCAGGCCACGCCCCCCCAGCCAGCCGAUUGGCUGGCUGGGGGGGCACACCCGGCCGGGAUUCCCCUGUUCUCGCGGGGGCUGAAACCAGCCCCCGCUCACGUGGGGUGGGCGUGAAGCCCGCAACCCCACCUCCUGGGCAAGCCGGAAGUGGCUUUGUCUUAAGUCUCCUCCUCUCCAGGGCUUCUUGCAAGCAAUUGGAGACUUUGCCUGUGUGCAGUCUGUCUGCUUUGCCCAUUUUAUUCCUCUCUUGGUUCUGUGAGUUGGGAGGGGGAACUUGUUGCAGCAGGAGAGGGAGACACCCAUAACUCUUCACCAGCCUGACUCAUCUCUGCCUUUUGACCUCCCUCCUUCUACUCUGCAGCUUCAGCCUCUGAUUCUUGACUUCUUUCUGCCACACUCUCCCAACUCACUGAGCCCUGUUAUCCCUUCAGCUUCCAACAUCUCAACUUCCCAGUCUUCUCCCUCUGACUACUCAUCAUUGUCCCACUACCAUUCUUUGGGCUCUGAGCCUUCUUCCCUUGGUGGCUACCCAAUUGGUUCCUUCCAACACUUGGCUGUGGCAUUCUAGUCACUGGUUCAGAACUAAGUGAUUCCUGGACUGGGUGGUAUCAAUAUAUGAAUUAUGUCUCACUUCAAAGUCCUGGAUGGUAUCUACCAGCGGUUUCAUAUAGACGUUAAACAGCAUUAGUGGCAGAGUGAGGCUUGUGGUACACAAGUCAGUUCCUUUUAUGCUCCACUGAUCACUCCAAUACUAGGUCUCAGAUCAUGUCCACAAUCUAAGCUAGGAAAUCAGCUGGGCAGCUGGCGCACUGUUGAACUCCCAACCGGAACAUGAAUCCCAACAUAAGCUCCACAGAGUCCGACUGCUGUCUGCACUGAAUACCUAUGCAACUCUCAAAUAUGACAUCUGUGUAUCAUAUAGGCUCUAUUUCCUUCUGCUCUUUUAAACCCCACUACACCCCUACCUUUUAACUAUUAUUUCUUAUUAAUUUAUCCUAAUCCUCUGUUACUGGAGCAGUUGUUGCUAUUACAGGCUUUCACUUCUACAGCUGCCUGACCCCUCAGUUUGAUUCUUAAUUGUGCCUGUCUGCAACCUCUGCUCUUUGGCAUGGUAUCUUUUGACUAUUUUUUUCUUUUGCUUGUCUUGUUCACAUCUGCUGUUUCAUAGGUUAGCACAGUUCUCAAUGAGGGAUGAGGAAGUCUAUACAGAGCAAGAUGAACACCUUGAUUUUAUAAAUGCAGUGUGCUGUAGCUGAGAUCAAACUGGUUUGCAUAAAACAUCAAUGUAAAAUGUUUAGUAUAUAAGUGAGGGCUAUGGACUUUGAUAGUGUCAGUAGACAGUGGAAUUUUACUAUGUAGUUUAACCCAUGGCCAGUAUGAGAUUGAUUGGAGAACAUAAAAAUAUUUAUGCAAGUAAGUUUAUUUAUUUUUAUUUACGUUUCUCUAUUGAAAUGUUUAAAAAUAUCCACUGUUCCAUAUGGAUGGAUGUCCUCUGCACAGUUGCAUGAUAAUUGACUGUGUGGAACCCAAAAUGCUUUUCGUAGAUCUUGCUAACUAUUUGGGGUGUGCAAUUGUGAUGUGUGUGUCUUUAAAUAUGUGGUCUGAUUUUGGCCUAGAUACAUAAUAGUCCUUAAACACACUAUUCUCUAGUACUUAUUUCGCCUUCCUCUAAGCCUUAAUUUUUCACAUUCUUCUGUUACCUUUUUUUAAAAAAAGUAAAUAGCACUGUUCCCAAAAUUCUAUGCUGUUAUUUUUUCCUUUUGAAGUUUCUUUACUUUUGUGGCAGUAACAGUAAUGAUGGAAUAGCUUUGUAGUUUUAUCAAAUGAAUUAUUUAGAACAAUCGUAAUGUGAUGCUGUUCUGCUCCAAAUAGCUAAUACACUUUGUAUUUGUCUUCAGUGUUUCAGCCUGAUGGUGUAAUUGCCAGGAGACACUGGGAACAAAUCAUUCAGCACUUUAGUUUGCAGAGUACAAGAUACUUGGGUGAAAGAGGCGAGAAUGAUCUAGGAACUGAAAAGGGACCUUGUUAACAGGCUGAUCUUGUGUCUUUCUACUCAGAAAUAAGUCUCAUAGUUUUCAGUUUGGCUUGCUCUUGGGUAAGUGUGGAUAGAAUUGCAGCACAAAAGCAUUUUUAUUUGGCAGGUUGAAGAAGGCAUGCUGUUCCUUUUAGGCAUAUAUUUUAAAUAUAUAUUUAUAUGCUUUACCUGAAAGCCAAGAAACAAGAGACUGUAUGCAAAGACAGAACAAGAAGCUCUUGCAAUGAUGCCUAGUACCUGGAAUAUGUGCAGGGAUGGUUUUCUUAUUUUUCUAUGCUUCUUCUUUUCUUUUGUUCCUAUCUUCUAGCUAGAUCAAUGACAGGUCAGGAAUAGGGUGUAUGUAGCAUGAACAAAUACAGGAAAUGCAAUUAUAUUUAUUCAGUUCCGAAUUAGGGUGUAGUCAGGUAAAGAGCCCAGCAUGAAUGACUUCACCUUUCAUGUGGGCUUGAAUUAAUUCACAGAAUCACAGACAUUGAAGUAAAUUGUUUUUGGCUUGUCAUUGGGAGUGUGGUUGUGACAUUUUGAACCUGCUUGGUCAGUUCAUUUUGGCUCUGUAGCAUUCUAUUUUCAUUGUAAAGCAAUUCAUCAUGGAUUUAAAGAGCUAUAGUAAUCUACUCUUGGCAGAUGAAAAUGAUGUUAUAAACUGCAUCAUAACUGAAAUAAUGCUUUUAUUUAGACAAGCAUAUGUUGAUUUUACUUUGCACUUUUUUCAGUAUAUAGCCAAUAUUAUCAAUUAGUGAAGGUUGACAGCAACUAUAUUGUUAUAGAUAAAAAGGAAAUAAAGUACAGGCUUUUAAUAUUACAAAAUAGAUAUUAAUAAACUGGAUUCACUGUGACCAUUAUUAGGCCAACUUGUUAUUGAAAGCACUCAGAGCUGUUCUACAUUUGAAGGAAGUAAUAUAGCUUUACUCUAUUGAUUUCAGUGAACUUAAGUACGCCUUACAGUGUUGGACUGUGGACAAUAAGUUUUUGACCUGGACCUUCUAGAGUUGAGUGUUCUUGAGUUGCAAAUGUGUCUCCCCCUUUUCUUUCUUGGGCUAUUUGAACUGAGAUAUGGCUUUAACUUUUACUGCUUUUUUUUUAGGCUUCAGCAAGCAACACACAACAAAAUGAGUCAUCUUGCUAUUAAAAGAAUAGCAAAUGAUAUUAUCAAAUCACCUGAAGAUAAACGAGAGUAUCGUGGGCUAGAACUGGCAAAUGGCAUCAAGGCAAUGCUUAUCAGUGACCCCACUACAGACAAGUCUUCAGCUGCACUUGAUGUACACAUAGGUAUAUGAUCAUCUAUAAUAUAUUGUAACUUGGUUUUGCACUGUAAUCUAAUUCAAAUGUGAUAACUUUCAAAAAAAAAGGUUUACAACCUUCUACAUACUACACUGAGGCUGCAAUCCUAGUUUUGCUUACUUGGAAGUUGACAUUAUUUGGAAGUGCACAAAACCCCAUUGAACUCCCAGGAAGAUGUGUAUAGGUUUGCAGUCUUACAGCGCUGGCUAUUCAUUUCUACUCAGAAGUAAGUCCUGUUGUAUUCAGUGCAGCUUUCUCCCAGGUAAAUGGAAGUAGGAUUGUAGCCUUAGCCAGAUAAGCCUCAGAAGUUAGGUUUGUCAUAAAACUGGCUGUAUAAAUUACUUGUUCUAAAGCAGGUCUAAGUUUUUCAAGGAUGAAUGAUGGAAGAACUCAAUUUAUAUGCUCCAUAUCCUUCUGCGCUUAAGCUCCCAGUGUGUCUGCCAGGGAAUUAAAAUAGUUUAAUUUCCUGAUAUAAAUUAAUGGCAUAUGGCAUGUCAUAUGAAAAUUAUUCCUUGUGUAAUAUGUUUGAGACGUCAGAUAGUAGGCCUGAAAAUGAUGUAUUUGCAUGUUAAGCAAACAUGAAAUUAGAACAUGGUUGUUACCUAGAUGUUCUGAUUAAAAACCAAAAACCAAAAUGGUUACAUACGUAUGUCCUGCUUUAUCAGAUAUCUUUUCUUUGUAGUUUGAAGUGCUUGGGGUGCUCACAUAAACCACUUGCCUCUGAUUUCCAGCUAACACCUUUCCUAUAGCUUCUCUAAAGUUAGUAUGAAGCAGCUGUAUACUAGCAGGUGCAUUCCAGCCUAGCUUUUCUGCAAAGGGAAAUGGAGCUAUAUAAUUUCCUAAAUAUUUGCAGUCAUAAUCAGUAAGAUGAUUUCUCUGACCCAAAGAAAAGUGUUAAAAUGUUGAGUGUUCUGGAUGAUUUGAUUGCUUUAUACUGAAUUUGUGUAUCAGCUUUUAAAGUAAGACUCUAUUUCUGCCCAUUUCUCCUAUUCAUAGGGUCAUUAUCUGAUCCCCCUAACAUUGCUGGGUUAAGCCAUUUUUGUGAACAUAUGCUUUUUUUGGGAACUGAGAAAUACCCAAAAGAAAAUGAGUACAGCCAAUUUCUCAGUGAACACGCAGGAAGUUCAAAUGCUUUUACCAGUGGAGAACACACCAACUUUUAUUUUGAUGUAUCACAUGAACACUUGGAAGGUGCCCUGGACAGGUGAGCAUAUCUACUAAUGAUUAAAUAUAUUGGUUUGGUUUUGUCUUUCCAGCAAGCACAAUUAACAUGAGAGUCCUACCAGAUGAUAACAUUAUUUAGUGUAUUUAUUACUUCUGCUUUUUUAUAAUAACGACUUUAAUACAAUUGUAAAAACUAAAUUACUGAAAUACUUUUAACAUCUUGGGAAUAACAGUGAUAAAAGAAAACAUAUGGAAUGAGCCCUUGCGGUAGUAUAUAAAAAUAGGUUCUAAGUGAGGAGAGACUCAUCAACAGUAUGGCGAGUGUCUUAAAAACUUCAUAUGGUUUAUCAUUUUGCUAUUACUUUACAUAGCCAUGAAAGUGUUGCAUAGGAACCUCACAUAUGUUUGUUCUAUAAAUAUAUUCUGCUUACACUCUCAGCAUAUGUUGCAUAUUUAUCAGCUGACUCUCAAAGGAUCUUCUCUCUGGAAUUUUAUAUUUGGUGAAAAUAGGGAUAUUCAAGCUACUGCUGCACACUGUAUAUUUGAUUUUACUUCAGAGUUAGCAAAACAACAGUGCAAUCUCUGGUCUGUCUACUUAGAAGUAAGUUGAAUUUGGUGGGGCUUACUCCCAGGUAAUUUAGCAUGUUUUUUCCCCCCAAAGACAAAGUAAUUAACAGGCUGCACAGCCCUCACUCAUGUCAUGGUCUGUGUCCUUUUACUUUUUUUAAAAAAAGUUACUUGGUUCAUGUUGAGGGCCAAGGAGAGGCUUAGUAACAUUAGCUUUGGUGAUUUUGGAAGGGUCCUCAGUACAUCUGUGUAGAGCAGGUCCCAGUAGCUCUUUUUUCACAGAUACACAUCAGGCCUCUGCUAAGGAAACUUUCAGUGGCUAGUUCAUAAGACAACAGCAAGAAGAAGCAGAUCUGAGAUAGCAAAAAGGCAGCUGAUGGUAUCUUGCUCAUAGAUUGUGUCCUGUCUGCUAAAAAGGUCAUUAUAAUAAAUUGCACUAGAUUAGAACAUCCACUUGGUGAUGAGACUACCUAGCACCAGAGUGUCUCCAGGUGAACAAAAUUUUUAAUUAAAUAAAAUGUAAUUGUUGAAACAUUGAUUUGGGAAAUCUGACUUUUUUUCUUGCAGGUUUGCUCAGUUUUUCUUGUGCCCUCUGUUUGAUGAAAGCUGCAAAGACAGAGAAGUGAAUGCUGUUGAUUCUGAGCAUGAGAAGAAUUUAAUGAAUGAUGCUUGGAGACUAUUUCAGCUGGAAAAGGCUACUGGAAAUCCCAAUCACCCCUUCAGUAAAUUUGGAACAGGUAUUUAAUCUUCCAUUACAUUUGCACAUGAUCUGCUUUCGAUUGGGGAGUCCCUUUAAACUGUGCUGUGAGGCUCCAAGGCAUUAUUUUAUAUUGGAAAAAUUAUAUUAUGAAGCAGAAUGCCUUGUAUGGCUGAAAGAAUGGAUCACUUUGGAAAAAGCAGAUUUAUUAAACCUUGAGGGCUUUAACAACAGGUAUGGAUAGCACACCUACCUUGCAUAUGGGAAGAUUAAAGUCAGAGCUGCACCCCAAUUAAGUACUUCUGGGGAGAAAUACAUGAGGAGUUGAAAAAAAAUGCUUAAAAUCCCACUAAUGAAAAAACCAGAGGCUUACCUACUGGGCCUAUUAGGGAAAGAAAUACUUAAAUCGAAAAAAAGCAUUUUCUUAUAUGCGACCACCGCAGCUAGAAUAGUAAUAGCACCUAAAUGGAAAGCUAAAGAAUUACCUACCAAGGAGGAAUGGAUUCUCAAAUUAAAUGAAUAUUUAAAAUUGGCUAAACUAACAGCAUCCAUACGACAGCAGUCAAAUCAAAAACUGAAAAAUGAAUGGCAAUGCUUUGAUCACUAUAUGGCAAAAUACUGCUCCAAAAAAAAAUGCUAAUAUGCUUAGACUAAGAAUGUAAAUGCAUCAAAGCAAUAAAUUAUCAAUGACAUAUGUAUGCAUAUAGAAAAAAUAAAAACCAGAAUGCAAUGAUAAGGGUAAAAUUGAUUCUAGAGAAGACGAGUAGUGGUGGAGGGAAGUUAAACAGGGUGGUGGGUUCAUUUUAUUUUGUUUAUGUUGUUUUUCUUCUUUUUUGGAUAUUGUAUAAUGAUUUAAUGUAUAAUGAUUUAAUGUUUCUUUUCUGUUAUGUAUUUUUUCUCUUUUUUUCUUAAAUUGUAUGACGGAAAAAUAUUUUUUUUAAAAAAAUGUGUUAAAAUAAAAACAUGUUGUAUGGAAAUUAUUUGAUGAUGUAGCCUUUACACAUGGUGAUUUACUGCAUUUGAUUCACCUUUAAAAGCAACUGAGAAUGUGUCACAUUUAUUUAACAGAAUUUAUAUACCAGUUGAUAAUUACAAAGCCUAUAAGUGGUUUACAAGAAGUAUUAAAAUUACCAAUAAAAAGCAGUUUAAGAAUAAAUACUGUAAUUAAAAACAUUUAAAGGAUAAUUAAAAUUAACAGUAGACUGAAGAGAGAUUAAAGCAUGUCAACAUCUACAUGGAUGGGCUUGCGUAAACAAAAAUGUUUUAAGCAGGUCCUAAAAGAGUACAUAGGUAAAGAGUUUCAAAGUGUGAGUGCUGGCACACUAGAAGAAAUAUUUCUUUAUAAGUGUGGAAAGAGUAUUAUAUAGCUGUACUGGUGGAAGAAACCUCUCCCAGCACUGCUUCUUAAACCAGAAAACAAAGCAAUUCCUGAGAAAUUUUCCAGAAAGAUAUUGUGGUUGAUGCCACAGUAAAGUUGAGAUGAAUCAGUGUGUUUCACUUCCCCUGUCUCUUUUUCAGCAUAGAUCAUCCACCCUUCUGAUUGAAAUGUGCUUUGAAUCUGUGAUAGCAGAGGGUUUAAGUCUGGUUAAGUGAGAGCAGCAUGCAAGCUCUCACUCCUAAGGUUUUAUUCCGUCCGUUUUUAUUACAGCGUUAUUACCUCUGGUGAACGUAUUAGGUUUAAAAUGGUGGUAGCAAGAACCCUUUCUGAUAAUGGUCACUUUUUGUCUUAAACAUGAUUUCAAAAACUCUUAUUUUCAAAUGUAGUUGCAGUCUUUAAAAUAAAAAAAGAAAACAGAAGCUUAAAGAAGUAUAGCAGCACCAGAUACUCUGCCAUGUGAAAUGCAGACGUUGAGUCAGAUUCCACUAACCUAGUGUGCUAGCGGAAGCCAGUGCAAGGACUCCAAUUAGUGCAACAGGGCUUUCCUCCCCCUCCACAACCCCCAAAUCUGCUCUGGAGGGUCAGGAUAACAGGGCAUGGGGAGGAGAAGAGAGGGGGGAUCAUUCUGUCUGGCAAGCAAUCAGGAAAGUGCAAUGUUGAAUUAUUCUGUAAGGGUGGUAAUUCACAAUGAAAGUGUGCGGAGACCUGAACUACUGUGCUUUCAUCAUAAAUUGAAUAAGACCAUUUGUUUUUGUAUCUUGAAUGGUUUUUCUUAUUCAUGCUUGUCUAUAUUCAUUACUACUAUUUGUGAAUAGAGCUGAUCAUUCUUUAAAUCCCUGUUCUCAUUAUUUUUAGAACAUUAUCUUCACCUCACUUAUUUUACGAUUUCUUGCAUUAAGCUUGUUUUCAUAACUACAUUUCGUCAAUCCAGAAUGCUGUGUUUUAGCUUUAUUUUGCAUAGCAGCAAUGUUAGAGUCAGCUUACUGGAAAUUAGAAACUCUAGUCUUGAUUUUCCUUUUUCACUGCCAGAAAAAAGUGAAGUAAUUUAGAAAAUUAUUAUUGAUUAAUAAGAACUGGGAGAUAGACACCGGCAGGCAGCCCAUUUGAAGUUGUCACAUGAUGUCAAGUGACUGACAUCCACCCUGACUUAAACCACAGUUUCCUAAGUCAGGUAUCGUGGGGAAACUGUUUUAAUUAUCCCGAAAGUCUUAUCUAAGGCCAAUGGUGGGAGGAGGAAGCGCUUGAGCUAACUGCUCAUUUCUACUCCAACAAACCAUGCUUUGUUGACUCAAGAACACUGUAUCUGAUGCUGGCCUGAACAUGUCCAUGAACUAUGAGGAUAUACACUGCAUUUGUUGUUAGGCACAACACAAAUUGUAUGAUUAACAUACCUGUAUUUCUGCUCUACACAACCUUUAUAUGACGAUAUCGGAAUAGGAUUUGCCUGUUAUCUUAUUAAGCAAAACCCAGCAAAUUAGUGAAAAUGUAUAAAAAAGGGUCUAAUUUAUUCUGGAGGUGCCACGAGGUGGAGGGAACCCUGAUCCAUAUGUGGUGGUCAUGUAAAUAUGCUGGAGGGUAUUGGGAAAUGAUCCACACAGAAUUAAAUAAGAUUCUAAAACUCACAUUUCUCAAAAGGCUAGGGGCCUUUCUAUUAGGGAUAAUAGAUGAUGAUAUUACAAUUCCAAAAAAAGGCACUCAGUAUUUUUCUGUACACAACCGCCGCAGCUAGAACAGUAUACGCGAAAAAACAGAAAGCAGAAGAGAUACCCAUGAUGGAAAUUUGGCAAAACAGAUUGAUAGAAUACAUAGCAUUAGUAACCAUGACUGUGAAACUAAGGAAUAAGGAUGAGAUAAAGAUAAGAGUGGAAGUGUUUUGGAGAUUAUUUUAGAGGGUAAAAUAUACAAUUUAACCUACAAGUAGGAGUUGACAUAUGAGCAGCAGAUAACAUCAAAACAGGAAGACUUGAAAUGAUAAUGGGUGAAAUAUCAGGAUAUGCAGUAGAUCAAGAUUUCCCUACAAUGUCACAGAGAGAUGGAUUGGGAAGUCUUAGGAAAAGAGAUAAGUGAUGGAUACUGUACGAUGUGUGUAUAAAAGCUGUUGAAAUUGCAUAAAUAAAAGUUUAGAAAGAGGAUUUGUAGAAGCAAUCCCUUGAGAACACAAUUCCAGAUUUCGAUUCUCCUAACUCCAAGCUAUUCAAGCUGAGCCACAAAUGGUCUUGCUGAAAUCAUGAAAGCAGGAAAUUUGAUAAACAUCUUGCACUCGAUAGAAGUACCAUCAUGUGAAAUGAUGGUAUAGAAAUAUAAAUAGGAUCUGCAUGCACAAUGCCCAUCAUUUGUUUUUGUGAGAAUAAAGUUAGGGGGUGCGGAGAACCAUGUAUGCCACCUGAGCUCAUUGGAGGAAAUGGAGAGUGUAAACGUAGUAGUAAAAUAAAACAAUCCAGAUGCUGUAAUCUGUUUGAGGGAUAUGUGCAGUAUCGCCUCUUGUGAUUGCAGGGAUUAACAGUUUUUACAGAACUGAGCACAUUUACCCAGUCAUGGCUCUUAUUGUAACACAUCCUUCUUUUUAUUUAUGUACUGUAGGAAGCAAAUUCACUUUGGAAACUAGACCAAACCAAGAAGGAAUAGAUGUAAGACAAGAGUUAUUGAAGUUUCACUCCACUUAUUAUUCAUCAAAUUUAAUGGCUGUUUGUGUUCUAGGACGAGGUAAGAAUGCCAAACUUUUUGGGAGCUACUUUUAAUAUAUAAUCAAUUUACAAUGGAUUAGCAUUGGAACUUAACUCUGUGUGAGUGUGUGUGUGUGUGUGUGUGUGUGUGUGUGUAAAGAAUGCAACCACUCUCCAAAUCCUAAACCACAGGUCUACCUUAAAUCUGUAGCAUUUCUAAUAUCUACACUUAUUAAUUUGUAGGACGAUUAAAAAAAAAAUAUAGGAAGGGAUGUAUGUACUCUGCAGAUUUGUAGUAGAAGAAAAAGAUUGUGUGUCUGCUGUAGAAUUUGUCAUUCUGAAAAUGUCUGUUUUUAUAUAAUGUAUAUGUUUCUAGACCUAGUAUUUUCUUAUAGAUGAAUUUUAAAAUAUAAACAUGCAGUGAUGUUCCGGAACUCAGAACAUGGAGGGCAGGCUUCAGUGACAUUCAUUUCCUAGCAUGCUCCAAUCUCCAUAUCUUUCUUAUUCUCACUGCUUUCUGCCUCCCAGUCUAGACUCCAUAGUUUUAAUUCCUUAGGAAGAUACUUACUGUACACAGAAUACACUGUGCUGCAUCAACAGUACACAGACAGGUUUUAUUCUGGGCACAGAAUUUUUAUAUUGAAGAAUGUGUAAAAUGCAUUCAGAUUUUAGAUACUGACUUUUCUCAAGAAGAUGCUUAUCAAGCAUUUCUCUAAAAGGAGCAAUCAAGGAUAACAUCUGAAACUUUUGACCAUGUGUAACUUUAUUUUCCUCCCAAAUAUAUGCAUACAGAAUCUUUAGAUGAGCUAACAAGUUUGGUAGUGAAGCUGUUUUCUGAAGUAGAGAACAAAAACGUUCCAUUACCAGAAUUCCCUGAACAUCCUUUCCAGGAAGAACAUCUCAGGGUGGGUUUAUUGCAUUGUGCCUUCUUUUAAAAUAAGUUUUAUGUUGUGUAUUUAAGCAAGACUAGAAAACUACUGUGAUAAGUUGAGUAGCGUCAUAACACAUCAGAAUUACUUGUACAGCAAGACAAAUGUAUGUUGGCUGGAAAAGGUUUGGGUGUAGGUGUAAUUGGCCCCUUCCUGAAACUUCACUAAUUGUUCUGCUAGAAAAUGCAGUUGAGCAAUAUUAAUUUUAUGUUAUGGCCUAAGCAUGAAAUGGUCAUAUGUGUAAUGAACUGUGGGUGGUGGAUUUGAGAAGAACAGUAGCCUUGUAAAGGCAAAAUACUGGAUUCAGUUUAAAUCAGAUUUAUUUUGCUUUUUUGUUCGUUUCACAGCAACUUUACCAAGUGGUACCUAUCAAAGACAUUAGAAAUCUUUACGUCACGUUUCCAAUACCAGAUCUUCAGAAGUACUAUAAAUCAAACCCUGGCCAUUAUCUUGGCCAUCUUAUUGGUCAUGAAGGUCCAGGAAGUCUUCUAUCAGAACUCAAAGCUAAAGGUAAGGUGCGCAGUGAGUUGACAUUGAAGCCUUGGGGCAAUUGCUUCCCUACAGCUCAGCCCCUGAAAGUAGGAGUGAAGUAAACAAAAUCUAAGUUUCAGUUGUAAUGAUAUUUCAAACAAUCUCGCAUUAUAUUACUGAUGCUCUUUUUGGUUUUUCUUAUCAAUGGCUCAGUACUUCUUAUAUGAAAGAUUAUAAGGGAUCUCAUUUGUAUGCAGUAUAUCCCCCCUCGCCAGUAUUCCAUCAACAGGAUGACUGUUUGUGAUGCUCAGGGCAUGUUUACCAAUGUGUAGCAUAUGUCCCCCUUGCCCUCAAAAUACCCCUUUUAGGGGCCUGCACCAGCUCCAGCUCCACCAGGAGUGGCAAGGGGGCACAGGCAUAUCGCCAACUGAGGUGGGGAUGGGGACUUGGGCUGACAUAGCCUAGCUGCAUUGGGAAUCUGCUGAAUUCUAAGAUGCUCGUUGCAGAAGAUCUUUACAAAGGAUUGCCCCCAAUGCACUUAGAUUUUGUGUGCAUGCAAUGUCUUUCUGUCAUUUGGUUCUUUCAUAGUUUUUAUUUAAUUUCAUAGAUGUUAACCAAAGACAUAUAACAGUGGUACCUUGGGUUACAGACGCUUCAUGUUACAGACUCUGCUAACCCAGAAAUAAUACCUCGGGUUAAGAACUUUGUUUCAGGAUGAGAACAGAAAUCGCGCUGCGGCAGCAGCGGGAGGCCCCAUUAGCUAAAGUGGUACCUCAGGUUAAGAACGGACCUCCGGAACGAAUUAAGUUCUUAGCCCGAGGUACCACUGUACCUCCUAAUUUUGUGUGUGUACAUGAACAACAUAACUAAGAAAAAAUAAACUAUUGUGUGAGAGUUUUAAAUAUAUUCUAUUUCACAGGCUGGGUAAAUACCCUGGUUGGAGGACAAAAAGAAGGUGCUAGAGGUUUCAUGUUUUUCAUCAUUAAUGUUGACCUCACAGAAGAAGGACUUUGUAAGUGGAUCCCUUCUUUUAUUCUGUUGAGUUUGGAUUUGGAGCACAUUGAUCUAAGUGAGCUACUCUAAGUAGACUUUUUUUACAUCUCCCAGAGUGAGAAAUAAUAUGAUGGAAAUCCAUACUAUAUUAGCUAGGUCAGGGACAAAUGAACUGGCUUCAAACUAACUUCCCCAUCACAUGCAAAAAUGUAGAGUUAAGAACAAUCUCACUGCCAAAACAUUUGUAAUUUUAAGAUUGUAGGUGGGUUUUUUUAGAGGGUUGAACAAAUGACCUAUGUGCUCAUUCUUAAUUCUACAGAUCUGAAAAUUAUUUUCCUGCAUCUGAACACUGCUACUGUUCGCCCAAAUAUGAGGAAAGUUCUUAGCCCAUCUAAUUCUGUUGAAAUUAUCAGGAAACUAGUUGGAGGAUUCCUAAUUGCAUAUAAAACUAAGUCAAAUUAUGGCUUGGCACAAGGAAGCAAAUGUGGGUUCUCAGAGAUAAGAUAGUGGCUAUUUUGCUUUUCCUCUAGUGCUACUUCUACUACAUGGUUUGCCUUAGCAUUACAUCUGAACCUGGGCUUAUGUUUUAUUUUGCUCAAAACAAGCCAUGAGCUGUGGGCAAGGUUUGUUCUAUGGUUUUGCCACUCGUAGUUUGUGCAGGGAAAAUAAAACAUGAACCUGGGUUCAGACAUAAAGCUAAGCCAUUAUGUUUGGACAUAAUGCUAAGGUCACAGCAGCAUAACAGCAGCAGGAUCAGAGGAGGAGCAAAUUGGCCACAAUCUUCUAUCUUUAGUUGCUCACACUGAGCCUUGGUUUGGUUUUGUGUUACGUGCAAAUUGGGCCACUGUUAAGUUCAUAACUGAUCAGCAAGUUUAUCUCUCUGGAAAUUAUUUGUACAUCUAAAGGUAUCACGUGCAUGUUGUUUGCUUGAUACUCUGUAUUCUUUUACAUUAGUAAAAUAAUGUGUGAUUACUGCAUACAUUCGGUUUGUACAACUUUGUAUUAGUUUAUCCUCUGUCAGACUGAGCUGUUAGUUUUAAGUAUAAGGGCUGAACUAGAAGAUCGAUGGUCAGCAAUGCAGUCCCAACCAUAUCUGCUCAGCAGUAAGUCCUGCUGAAUUCAAUGGGGCUUACUCUCAGUUAAGUGGGGAAAGAAUAGCAGCCCUAAAUGGCUCACCCGCUGGAGCAAAUAGAUUGGGGAAGGGCAUCGGAGAAAACAGUUUCAAACAUCCCAGUCUUCAAAGUGUAUGCAUGGGGCUGCUGAUUCGUUUUUUAAAAGCCUUGUGCAUGCGUACAGGAGAUUCUAAUCGCAGAUCUCUUUUGCGCAUGUCUAGUCUUGGCCAUAAGAAAACUAAAAAUGUUCACUUUGUGUUUCCCUGAGAAAUUGCUUAUGCAUGCAAUAUUUUAUCUUUUUCUUAAAAGUACACGUGGAAGAUAUUAUCUUGCACAUGUUUCAGUAUAUACAAAAACUACGUACAGAAGGACCUCAAGAGUGGGUUUUCCAAGAAUGUAAGGUAUGAUAAUUGCAACAUAUUUGGGGUUUUCUUUCAAGUAGUUUUAGAGAUUCACACCAGAUCUUCUCUUAUUUUAGAUACCUUAAUUAGAAAUAGAUUGUGUCUGUUAAAUUUUAUUCUUUUUAAAAUUAAUUUAUGAACUUAUGAACAAACAAACACAUGCCCGACCUAAAAUAAUGCUAUAUCUAAUAAUCCAUAACCUUAUUCAUUUUAUAAAAGAUUAAAAUUAUUAUAAUUUCCAUUUUCUUUAAAUCUGCUUAGUUAAGUUCCUAAUGUUCUUGAAUGCAAUCAAUUAGUUUCUAAUGCUUUUGAAUGCAAUUUAUUACAUACAUUGUUUACUUUGCCCCAAAUGCUUUGUAAUAACUUAAAGCGGUUUUCACUUAUUCUCUUAUGUUUGCCUGCAUUCAUUAAACCACAGUGCAUUUAUUCAAUUUAUUGCUAACUUCAAAAAACAAAUAAAAUUUAUGUCCAAGCUUCAUUUCCCAUUAUCGUUUAAAAAUACCAUUCUUACCGAUCGUUUACAAUAUGAAGAGUGGCAUUGCAGAAUAACUUAAUUUUAUUUCUUGUUUUAGGAUUUAAAUGCUGUAGCCUUCAGGUUUAAAGAUAAGGAAAGACCCCGGGGUUAUACAUCAAAAGUUGCAGGGAUUCUUCAUGUAAGUUACGAAAUUUGACUGAAUUUAAUGCUGAAAUAUUUCUUAACAUUUCUGAAAUGUGUCAAAAGUUGGGCAUCAAUGUCAUUAGGUUGGGGUAAAGCACAAUUUUUUUUUGCAUGUAUAGUGAUAAAUUACUUUGUCUAAGAUGAGUAUUGCAGGCCAAAAGAUGUUGAUAUGGCACACAAUUACACUAUAAAGUGGUAGUGACAGCUAGUUGUCUCCUCACUUAAUAUCUCCAUGGAAAGACUAGUUACCAAGUGUGGACUGGGACCCUGACUGGUGCUGGAUAUAGCUGAAUAAUUUGCACUGUUUCCUUCCAAGCAUAACUGAACUGAUUACCUGUAUAUUGAUUAAUCAGUAUGACUUUUACAAUGCACAAGCAUGCUUACUGGUUAAAUGAUCUUUCCUGUACCAGGUGUUCUUAGGGCCUGGUCCUAAACAUAUGGUAUUGUCUUAUUUAUCUGUAGACCUGUUAGGCUUUAGUGUCUUCACAUCUAAAGAGCCUUGGUGACUUAGAUUGAAGGCAGACUCACCAAAGGUUCCAGUUUGCAAAACAACCUUGGAGACAUCUUUGCUUCUACACUCUUUUUUAUUUCCAGAAUGAAUUCAUAAGUACUGAAUUCUUUGCUUUUUGCUGGGGGGGGGGGGGAGAAGAUAGCUUUCUGUUAGAAUUUGUGAAAGUAGGGGUUUUUUUAGAUACUGCUAUAUGAACAUGUUUAUGUUGCUUCCAUUCACUUUGAAAACAUCCUCCAGGGGUCAGCAUUUGCUUCUUUUUAUCCCUUAUAAUAUCAACAAUGUAGUGCGGGUAGCUUUUAUUUUAUUAGCUGUGUACCUAAGUGACAGUGAUUCUUUCUGUACUAUGGGUGACAUCUAACAUUAGUCAUAACUCUGAGAAGAUCUAUUGAUUUCAGUGAGUCUACUCCAAGUGUUACUUAGAGUGAUAGCCAACUAUCUUAGUAACUAUAUCACUUUAGUAUUAUGCAUAAUGUCUUCGGUUUAAACUAAAAAUAUCACAUUUUUAUUGUAGUACUAUCCUAUAGAAGAAGUUCUUGCUGCAGAAUAUUUACUUGAAGAAUUUAGGCCUGAUUUAAUAGAAAUGGUAUUGGAUAAGUUAAGACCUGAAAAUGUCCGGUAAGCUAUAUUGCCACAUCCAAUAUUUUGUACAGAUUGAGUUGGAAAUAUUUUGCAGGUUAAAACUGCUGAUGGAUUGUAGAUUGUACUUUUAAAUCCAAAAUAACUUUACACGUGCAAAACUCCUUGAAUGAAAUAUUUAAGUUUUCCUAUUCUAUACAAAGAAAAAUAUUUAGCACAGCAUGGAAGGAGGGAAGAACACUGCAUAAUAAUUUUAAGAACUGAUAGAACCCUUUGUCAUAUUUACGUAACUAAUGUGCAGUUCUUUUGAAUUAUCAUACGAUGUUGUUAGACUUCAUGGAAACUUCACACCCAUGUCACUGACUCUUCUGGAUGCUUUCACACUAGGGCUCAAUAGGUGAAGCAACGAAAGGAACAGCAGGCAUGCUCUUCCCCUCUAGCGUGAUGCUUUUCUUUCUGUUUUCUAUUUAUUGUAACUAUAGUUUGCCACAUUGGCAAACUGGUCAGUGCUUGCCCUUGAAAUCAGAAUCUGAAAAUGUGAUUUGAAUUAGGUAUCUGAUUCUAGUUGUGGCAGGGUGAGGGGUAUAGAUGACACAGAUUGAUUAUUUGGGAAACUGUAAAGACGAUGGUUGCUGCAGAAUAGGGACUGAGGGGGAACUUGUGCUUGUAGGAUUAACUGGACUGAGCCCAAUGCUUCUACUUAAGGAAAACACACUCUUCUUUGUGCAGCUCUUCUUGAGAAUCACAGUGGUUCAUCAUGGUUUUUACCUGUGAUUGUAUGCUCACCCCAAUUUUGCACUUGGUCCACAUACAGGGACCAUGUUAGCAGGCACCCCUGACUGCUGCUUAAUUCAUAAUAAUGCAUUGACUUGCUCUGUAUUUGUCAUAUGAUUUGUAAAACAAGGUUGUUGCAGCGGAGUGGAAACACAGUUGUCCACUGGCAACAGAGGUUUUUAUUAGUGGCAGGUAAACUCUUCCUGCUAUUUUCAAUACGAUAGACUUUCAUACUUGGUGUACAUAAUUGACUUUUAUUUUUUUGCUGAAGCCAUGGUUCUCUGCCAGUGUAUGCUAGAAACACUGAGAUAAGCAGUGUUCGCUCAUUGCCAGUGACAGAAUUGUUACCAUAGUAACUAAUUUCAAAGGGAAAUAAAGCUUCCCUCAUACUAUUGUAUUGUGCCUUGUAUUCAUACAUAGUGUGAAAGAAGGCUGAGUGGGGUGCUUCAUUUACAGCACAGAAUCUUCCAUCUUGAGAUAUUAUUUGGCAGCCAAGGACAAGGUUAAAAUGAAAAAUUGCUAGUUAUUUCUGUCUCUGAUUCAGCCCUAUCCUUUGUUUUUAAGGUUUUGUUUGUACUAAAUGUUCAGAUUGAUUAAGUGUUCCAUAUAUCCAACUGUCCUAUAGUCCUCUAAUUAACUAUGAGUUGGCUCUGAGCUGCUAGAACAGGGUUGAUAGUAAAUGUUUUCUCUCGCAUAUAAUUGGCCAGAGAGAUGCUAAUUACUCUUGCUAUUCUGCAUUAUUUCUCCUUACUUACCCCCCCCCAAAGCAUUUCUUUAAAAUUCUAGACCAUUUGAAACCUGGAAAACUGUUAAAACUACCGGUAAUUAGAAACAGUUGUUAAAAUGUUGCAGAGAGCAGGAUUACAAAAGUACGUUGUCACCCAUGGAUGACAUUUGUAUGGUCUUUUCCUUUGCUUCAAAUUUCUGUUUAGAAAUGGUAGAAAAUGAAUUUAGGAGCACCUUAGGUGUGUUAUAUAUGCUCUUAAUUGCUGGGAAUUUUUUCAAAUAUUCUGUUAACGUCUUUUUAAAAAUACUUGUCAUGAGAGCUAGAAAUCUUUUAUUUUAGUGAAAUUUUUAGUGAAAUUUUGCAUAGCUGCAAAAAGCAAACUGAGCUUAAUAUAUUAAAUCCUGUAAAAUAUAUCCUCUUAUAUGCAAGUUCAGUGUAUAAUAUAUCUCUCUCUCCCUGUGUGUAUAUAUAUAUAUAUUAUAUCUUUUAUGGCAAAAUAUAAUACAUAUAUUUUUAAAAAUAACAAGGGGUCAUUUAACAUAGCCAUUUUGAUAUGGAUAAAUGUUGCUUUUUGUUUUACUGACAGAAGGAUUAAAUGCAAAAAUAGAAUAGGACAUAUAUAAUUUACAGUAUUAGUAACAGAAUCUUUGAACUUAGUGACCAAGCAGAAUUAUUUGAAUAGCAUUUGGGGGGGGCGGGGCGGGGGAGGUAAUAUACUUGCUUGCUUACUUACUAUGUUUUGGUUUUAUUUUUUAGGGUUGCAAUAGUUUCUAAGUCUUUUGAAGGAAAAACUGAUAGAACAGAAAAAUGGUAUGGAACCCAGUACAAGCAAGAGGCAAUUUCUGAUGAAGUCAUUAAGGUGUGGUGAGAAAGUUGGUGGUAAACUGAAUAUGUAACCAGUAUUUUCACACUUCUUACAAUUGGGGUGGAGGAAGGGGGGCGGUGGGGGCGGUCCGUCCCGGGUGUCACCAUUGAACGGGGUGACAAAAUGCUGGGCGGCACUCACUGCGGGGCCUGCAGCACACCCGAGGCAUGCGUCUCUCCUGGGAGAGCGCCCGCAGGCUCCACACUGCCCCAAAUGGUCCGCCCGCCACCUCCCCCUCAGCUGUAGGGCGGCUGAGUGGGAGGAGGCAGGCAGACUCCUCGGAGGCCCCACAGAGCGUCCUGCCCUGGAUCGCCCCACCUCUGCGGGUGGCUGGCCCGCCCCCACGGGCGGCUGACCUUGCCCCUGGGUGCAGGGCACGCGCACCGCCCCAGGCGCCCGAUCAGCUUGCUCCGCCACUGCUUACAAUAAAGUUUAUUUUGUGUUGUUUACAAAAGCAACUAAUACUGUUGCUUGUAUAAGUGUGUCACAUUGGUGUCAGUUAAUUUUAACUGGUGUUAUGGGGGAAAAAUAGACUUCACUUCAAAAUGUGAACCAAAUCCUUGAACAUCUCUUUGUGGUGCAGCCAAUAUUAUACAUGUUGGACCCUUAACCCCCCCCCCCAAAUCCUGAUUGAUAAGCUUUAGCAAGAGAGAAACUAUGUUCAGAGCACCUAGCUGAACAUACAGCUAUGAUCACACACGCAGCUGUGUUUGGAGGAUUUGUAUAAUAUUUUCACAUAUUGCUAAGAGUGAAAACCAGCUGCUCACAUGGGGAUACAUAUUGCAGAAAGCAUUUCUUAGUAGUUCUACACAGUGGUUAGAACAUGCACUCUAGCCCUCAGUCAGCACUAUGUUCUAAGUGUUUAUGGAACAUAGUUAAAAGCAAACUUAAAUGGUAUUAUGUGAACUGCAAGGAAUCGUACAGAUUAAAUAAUUUGAAACAUUAGUAAUAAUUAAUUUUGUCAUGAAUUUUGAAGAAGCAUGAUUCAUCAGAGGUCGAUAAUCCUUCACAGAGCAGCACAAUUGCAGCACAAUUUUUUUUAGCCCACCCACUGGAUAAUAACAAACCUAUCCUCUUGUUUGCACAUUGAAUGUAGAAAUGGCAAAAUGCUGACCUCAAUGGGAAAUUCAAGCUGCCAAUGAAGAAUGAAUUUAUCCCUACUAACUUUGAAAUUGUACCUUUAGAGAAGGAUGCACCACAGUACCCUACUCUUAUCAAGGUAAGCAUAUGUAUUUAAUAGUUGUGGGUGGAAUUUUGGGAAUAUGUACCAUUCUUUCCUGAAUUGCUUUUGAAAGAUUAAGGUCAUUGAGUAGGCUGCUUAUAAUAUGAACAGUAUUGUAAGACUAGAUUGUAAAAAUGAAUGAAAAUUGGAUCUUUAUUUUAAGAGGUGACUAGCUCCUGUCCAGUUGGCUUUUUGCCCCGUAUUCAAAAUAUAUAAACCUUUAAGUUUACAAAGUGGUGGAAGUGAGUUCAAAUUGCAGAGUUUGUAAAUGAACUCCUAAUGGCUCAUCCCAAUAUCAGGUAAGCCCAGACCCUGCCAUAGCUGUCUCUUCUUUCCAGACUUACCUGGCAGUGGUGCAAACAAAUGGCGUAUGGAUUUAGUGUUCAUACCUGCAAAAGUCCCACAGGGCUUAGAGGUCGUCCCUUCAUCUCAGAAAUGUUAGCAUAUAGGCAUGUGUUUAGACAGCACGAGGGAACAUUGUAGGGAAUAGGUCUGCAUCACUGUGUGUAAUUGGGGUGGGGUUGAGAAAUUUGGGCUCUGUUAAACCCUGUGGGACUGCACCCAAACUCAGAUGGCCUGGGCUCUGUAUGUUUAUAUUCUUUAAACAGAUUUAAAUGAUAAAAAUACAGUUUGUAAUUUAAUAAUAAUUAAUAAUAACAAUAGAAAAUGUAUGUUUUCUUAAACUCAGGACACUGCUAUGUGCAAGCUAUGGUUCAAGCAAGAUGACAAAUUUUUCCUACCCAAAGCUUGUCUCAACUUUGAAUUUUUCAGGUAUGCAAGCAUUUUUGUCUUUAAAAUUUAUCUUUCUAAGCAGAGUCAUUCAAGAAAACAUUUUAUCAUUCUAGACAUGCUUGGGGCUGCUAUAGUGGAAUAACUGAGAUUGUCGGUUCCCACUUAUUGCUACAAUCCAGCAUUAUGGAUGUGCAACAGUGUGCACAGGUUUUCUGCUGGCUGAAAAGUAUUGUCCACGUUCCAGAGGAGCAACCAUGUUAAUCUGUUGCAGCACAAGCAACAAAGUCUUGUAGCAUCUUAAUUUGUUACUGUUAAAGUGCCACAAGAGUGUUUUAAACGUAAUCCAAGAGCUGUUAAUGACUCUCCUCCUUCACCACACUCCUACACCAAACAUAUCUCUGGUGAUAGAGCUUCACAGCACAGGGAAUAUAUGCACUGAAACAUGCUUCCACACAUGUAUGGCUAUAUCCAAGCCAUGGGUGUUUGUUUGAUUACUUCAUUCCUCAAAGGGAAGUAGCUUUCAGUCUAUUCAGUGGAGCAGUCCCUCAGCUUUAUGAUCCUGGUGAGUGCCUUGUUUGACCUGGACAAGUCCACUUUUAUACAACUUUGGUACCAUUCUACUAUCCUUAGGUAAAGGUAAAGGACCUCUGACCAUUAGGUCCAGUCGUGACCGACUCUGGGGUUGCGGCGCUCAUCUCGCUUUAUUGGCCAAGGGAGCCGGCGUACAGCUUCCGGGUCAUGUGGCCAGCAUGACUAAGCCGCUUCUGGCGAACCAGAGCAGUGCACGGAAACGUCGUUUACCUUCCCUCUGGAGCGGUACCUAUUUAUCUACUUGCACUUUGACGUGCUUUCGAACUGCUAGGUUGGCAGGAGCAGGGACCGAGCAACGGGAGCUCACCCCGUCGCGUGGAUUCGAACCGCUGACCUUCUGAUCAGCAAGUCCUAGUCUCUGUGGUUUAACCCACAGCGCCACCCGCGUCCCUCUCUACUAUCCUUAUUUAACCCCUAAAGUAAUUUUUUUGUGUCCUAGGAGCAUCUCAUUUUGGAGGAAGGUUUUUUUUUUAAUAAGAUUUGUCCAAGAAGUAGAAUGUGGGACUGUUGUAUUUGACAGAAACUGGUAUGAUAGCAGGAAUUAGUAUUGUAGAGCCAUAAUUCCCUUACUGUACACAUGCAUUUUGUGUCCUACCAUAUUCUGUGGAAGAAUCACUUCUUGAGCCUUUGCAGCACUUCAAGCUGCAUCCUAAAAAAGCAAAAGUGAUCCGAAAUGGUGGGAAUUGUAGUCCAAAAACAGCUGGAGACCCAAGUUUGGGAAACCCUGCUCUAGCCUCCCACUGUUGUUUUAUCCCCUGCUGUCUCUGCAUGUUGGGCAAUAUCAAUGAGGCCAGUGGAUCCAGCUCCACAUACAGUCAUAUGGAAGGAAAUAAAUGAACAGGGCUUCAUUCUCCUCUCCCUUCAAAUGUCCAGAACAAUUUUAGAACUGCACAUUAAAGCUUUUGAUUUUUUUAAAAAAACAUUCUUUAGCACACAAAAUAAUUCAUCUUUGUUUUGGUCUGUCUCAGCUUGGGAGCUUUGAGAACAGUUAAUAUGCAACAAGUAAUAAAAUAAAUAUCUUUAGCAUUCCUGUGAACCCAUAAUCACCAUUGCGGUUCUGCAUAAACUACGCUUCAGGUCUUGCCUCCUUCCCACCAGACCUCUAGGCCAGAUAGUACUGUUGCAUCUCUGCAUUGGCUGUGCUUGAAUCAUUAAAUCAUUUCCAGUGCAGUACAACUGAUCACCCGCAGAGGUCUCCCUUUGUAUCUAGUGAUGAUGAAUUACUCAAUUUGAAAUUGUGAUUUGCUAACAUUGCUAAUAAUAUUCCCCCCAUCAGGUAAUAGCUCUCACAUACCCCAAUUUGGAAACUCUGUUGCACUCUUGAUUCAAUGUCACUGGGAUCUCAAGAGGGCCCAAGCACACCUUUCUAAUCUGUGAACCUCGACUCACCAUCCCUAUAGUAUAAACUUACUUGUAAUGUUAGCAACAACCAGGGUGCCUUUCUGCAAAGCCUCCGUUUUCUGUCGUGUCUGGAAUGUGGUGUGUAGUUUUCCCAAAGCAGCUGAACGUUCAAACAGAAAAUAUAUGUUCCAGAGCUUCUUAUGAGCGAAAUAUGCUCAUAAGCCUGAUAAUUUCUCAGUGUAAUGCUGCUCAAUUCAUAAGGAAGGCUGAGCAUUAUGAGCUGGGGAUAUUUGUAUAGACCAGUUAAAAACUUACUUUGGUGAAAUUGCUUGGUUCUGAAGUCAAAUUACCUGUUAAAGUUGAAGCACACUUAACAGUUUACAGCACUGAAAAUGAAAUUUAAGAUAAAACCAAGUAAGUUAGGUUUUUACACUUAAUAUAAUUGCUAGCUAAUUUCAUGGUCCCAUUUUGAUUUUUGAGGAAGCAUGUGAACUGCAGUACUGCUUAGUUUUGUAAGAAAGUUUAUAGAUAGAAACUUGGGUGGUUAUGUAUCUUGAAAUGAUAAUUCCUAUAUUAAGUAAAAUGCAGUCAUCCCCCCCAAACUUCUUUAUCUUCUGAUGAGUUUUGUAUUGAAAAGGUUUUAAAAAUGAGGUCUCAGCCUUUUCUGAUUAUGUUGCUUCUGCUUGUGAUGGGUCUCUACAAUAAUAGCCUUGAGAUAAGAUGUAUAUGAAAAUGCAACAUUGUCCAGUGAGUUUUAACAUAUAUUGAGGCCGCAUACAUUUCUGGGAGUAAGUCUGAUUGAACCCAGUGAAACUUAACUUCUGAAUAAAUAGUAUUGGUUUGCAUGUCAGAAAUCAUUGUGCAAAGAGUCACUUGUUUCACAUUAUUAAAAGAACAUUCUGAUUUUUCUUCAAAAAGAGAUGCAUGGUUUUAAUUAAAUGUUCUGUUCUUUGAAUCAUUAUUCUGCCCCAUAAUUAUUAUUUUGCUUUAACAUGCUGAAUAUUGUUGUACUUUUGUAUUUUACUUAUGAUAGAAUUCUUCAGUAAGAAAUGUUGCUUUGUGAACAAUUUACUUGGGCGAUGUUGAUGCUUUCAUAUUUUUAACUGCUAUAUGUAUAUAUCCAUAAUAGAUAUUAGACCAUACUGUACACAAAUUACUUCUGCUCUUAAUCUGGUUUGUCACUCUUAAUAUGUUGGUGCAAAGCAGUAUUGUUGAAACAUGACUUGAGUCUUUGAGUUGUCUUUACCUUUGGAAGUCUCUGCAGCGUACUCUUCUUCAUUGGGAUAUUGCAAAAAUAUAUCAGGGUAGCGUUAUGUGCUAUAGCUAAAUACAAAACUUUGAUAUUUUUGUGCCUAAUAUAGAAAAUGCCAGUGGUUUGGUAGCAAACCUAUAACUGCGCUAUUUCCUGAUUUUGUGAAACCAGCAGCUGUGUUCAGUGAGGUUUAAUCCUGAUGACAAGCAAGUUAAGUGUGAGACUGUCCUACUUGGCAAGCUUUUAGAUUUAUCCACUGUGGCGAUUUUUAACUCAUUGUAUAUUUUAAGUGUUUUAUAUAUGUUUUGUACUUGUUUGUAAGCAUUUGUCUUUGUAACAAAUUCAGAAUAAUGUGGGCUAAAAACGGUUUUGUGUAAUCUUAUGCAGUAGAUUUAACAUAGAUGUAAUACAUCUGUGUGUGUCUGUCUCAGUAUGGAAUUGUUAAAUCAAUCUUUUCCCCUUUAGCUGUGUGUUUGUGUUCACAUACUGUCUUAAUAUUCUCAUAACAGGAAACAGGAUUUUCUUUUUUACUGUGUCCUUGAGAUCCAGUAUGGAGGAUCUAGCAGAGCUGGGAAGUAAUUGCAGCAGAUAUUUUACUUUCAACAUUUUCUUCCAGCCCAUUUGCUUACGUGGAUCCCUUGCAUUGUAACAUGGCCUAUUUGUACCUUGAGCUACUCAAAGACUCCCUCAACGAGUAUGCAUAUGCAGCAGAGCUAGCUGGCUUGAACUAUGAUCUCCAAAAUACCAUCUAUGGGAUGUAUGUAAGUACCAAAUCAAGGAGAAUCUUAAAAGCCUUAAAUUUACUUCCACUAAUCAGAAGGAAAAAAUUGAUUUGCUGGAAGCAAUUUUUCAAUGGCUUUUCCAAUUGAGAACCUGUUUUUUUCAGUUUCUUUUUCAACCUUGAUUUCUAGCUAUACUUUCUCAUAAUUUGAAAUUUCUGGAGUCUUCAACAUUUCCAUUCGCAUUCAGCAAUUUUUGCACUUCAUUUUACGUCAUUCACCAGAAUAUUUGCAAGAUUAUUUUUUUUACUUAAAACUCAAAUUUACAGUCCGAAUUGGAGUUGAGAUACUGCUCCAUUUCACUAGAGUUCCGAAUGAGAAAUCAAAUUCCCAGUGUUUCACUCCCGAGAAUAUUGGUUAUGAGGCUGCAUAUACAUACUCUUCAGUCAUGUUUCUUCAUCCAUUACCGUGUCGCUCCUUGAAGUAUCAAAGCAUCCUUUUGUUUUGUUUUUCUUUUUUGUUAGUCGCUACCUUUAUGCUGAUCCUCUCCAUUGCAACAUGACAUACCUGUUAAUCAGGUUAUUGAAGGAUGAUUUAAAAGAGUAUACAUAUGCAGCACGCCUCUCAGGUUUGGUCUAUGCCAUUGCAUCAGGAAUGAAUGCAAUACUUGUAAGUAAGAUGGGGGGGUGAACAAGCAAAAAGUAGAUGGCGUGAGAGUUGAGUGCUGCUUGGAAAAAUGGCUCCUGGUUUUGUCCUUUGCAUCCCUAUCAUAAGGGCGUGAGACUUGUGCAGUUUUAUAACCAUUUAUUGAAUGGUUUGGCCAUGAUUGGAAUGGUUUUUUUUAUGACUGAGAAGUGUGCUGAUGCAUUACUGAUCUGCAUUUCUUACUCAUUUGUAUAGUAUAGUAACCUUGAAAGAGUUGCUAUGUUUUUAGUUAAACAUGGAGUUCUGCUGGCUUUCAGUCAUUUAGAUCCUAAUGUAUACUUAAAAAAUAAAAAACCCCAGCCACCACCAAAGUACUGCAGGGCGUCUGGAAGACUAAUACAUUUAUUGCAGCAUGAGCUUUUGUGUGCCAGAACCACCUUCAUCAGACAUGCAAUUUACUAAAUAUUACUAACUGCAUUAUUGGUAAGAGAAGACUGCAUUUCGGGAUCAAGAUGACUUGUGAAACAGGGUCCUUAUAUAACACAUGAGUACAUUAAAAAGUGAUCUCUAGUACAUGACUAUUUCUUUCCUAAACUUUCCCAAAACAUUGCACUUACUUUUAAGACUCCAGUAAUCUCUGCGUAGGUCAUAUAUUUUCUUUAUCUGACGAAACAUGGGGCUGCUAAAAAGCAUGCUUUUUAAUGUACUGGUUUCAGUGCUAACAUUGGCUGGGGGGAAACAGCACAGUUUUAUAGUAUUUUUGCUUAUUUACAUUUGUAGCUUGCCAUUUUUUCCAUCAUGGAACUCGGUGUGGUUUAUGAAGUGUUGUUCAGCAGCCUCUCACCUGAUCAGACCUAUUUAGCAUCAGCAAGGUUGCCAAGGUGUUAUGUUUUCAGACUGCAACCUGGGAUCUAGUCAAUAUGAGUCAAGUCCAUUCUAAUUACUUUCAUCAUGUAGCACAGGGGUUGGGGAACCCUUUUGACUUCAUAGGCCAGAUCCUUAUUAGGAUCUGCCUCAGUGGCUUAGUUUGCAAGGUUGGCAGAGCCUCCCACAUACCAGUCACCAGACAUCACAAAUGACAGGUGAGUAGGUGCAUCUUGCAGGUAGCAAGGUGUUGCUAAAACAAAGGUUUUAUCCUUUAUAUGCGCAAGGAGCUUUGCAGAUGCUGCUGGUCAUCAGUACCUGCAAAUCCUCUUUUUUCUUCUUCUCCUGUCCCCUCUAGCUCCCUAUACACCUUCAGAGUAAGCUCCAGAAGGGGGGAGAAACCUGUGCAGCAUGUUUGGGGGGGGGGCAGGAAAGGGAGAGGAAACUGAAGUCACAUUGCACAAGCAGCACCCAGUUGGCAUUGCGUUCUAUACAGCCUUGUGUGUAUGGUGGUCAACCGAGUUAUGCAAUGAUUUUAUGAGCCUGUCAUCUUGAUGUCUUAAACAUUUGUAAGUCCCUACUUCUUAAAAAUCAGUUUAUAAUGGACUCUUCUGCUUUAUUAACUAUGGAACAGAAGUUUUUCUUUCCUAUAUUCUUUUCUAGAUUUGGGUUCCUAGCAUACUUUUAUUCUUCAUUUGGAAGAAGAAUGAUAAACUACUCUUUUCAUUCCAAUUAGCAUAUUGCUUUUCUGAUUUUAAUCCUGGGAAAGAGCAACAACAUUUCAUUCCGUUUUCUAUUACCUGACGUUUGAAGCAUUGCUUUGCAGCAUGGAACAAUAUUGGUUUUCCACUAUAAUUUUGCUUUGUAAUUGUAAUAGAAGAUGUUAAGCCCUGGGAAAAAGUAAAGCAGUAAUAAUAUCACACAUAGACUUCGAUGUAGUAAAGGGCAAACCUUAGUAUUUCUGGUGAAAUAAGGGAGAAUGCUUCCCAGUGUUAAGAAGUUGCUGUUUACUGCUUUGAUGGACAAUCUAGAAUUCUAGAAAACAGAAUAUUUCAAACACAUAACAGCUUAUAUAUCCUUUUCCUAUAGCUUUCCGUAAAAGGUUACAAUGACAAGCAGCAUAUCCUGCUCAAGAAGAUUGUUGAGAAAAUGGCUACCUUUGAGAUUGAUGAAAAAAGAUUUGAAAUUAUCAAGGAGGCGGUAAGCCAUCUUGAACUUGACUUUGAUCCUUAUAAAUCAGAAUAUCAAGCAGGGGAAGACACCAUACAUGCAAUAUUUCAUUCCUUGAAGGCAGGAGGGGGUGUGCAGGAGCCUAAAAGUUCAAAUAAGUUACAGUGGUGCCCCGCAAGACGAAUGCCUCGCAAGACGAAAAACUCGCUAGACGAAAGAGUUUUCCGUUUUUUGAGUCGUUCCGCAAGACGAAUUUCCCUAUGGGACGUUUCGUCUUGCGAGUUCUUGCGAGUUUGUUUCCUUUUUCUUAAAGCCGCUAAGCCGUUAAUAGCUGCUAAGCCGCUAAUAGCCGUGCCUCGCAAGACGAAAAAACCGCAAGAUGAAGAGACUCGCGGAACGGAUUAAUUUCGUCUUGCGAGGCACGACUGUAUGAACAAUGUGUAGGGAAUGUACAUAUGCCUGCAGAAAGGUAUAAAACUGCUGGGGGCAAUGAUUGGUGCCACACUUGGACUGUCGUCAUUUGCACACUUGCCUGAGAGUAAGCUCCAUUUGAAAAUAAUGUGACUUCAAAGUAGUCAUCCAUAAGAUUUAAGUCAAUUAAAUUUAGUGAGGGCUUUUUCAGCUAUGACUCUGUCUUUCUGUAGUUCUCUUCCUCUAGCCAGUACAUAUAUUCUGUUCCCAUCCCUUAGUGCUGCUUUGAGAUUAGGAACAGACCACAAGAUCCCAUGCUUCUUCUCCUCCACCUGCCAGCUGCUCAUCAAUUACAGGCAAAUUCCUGAUGUGUUUUAUUGGCCCCAGUAUUGGUUGAUGAAUGCUAGUCAGGGUAACCUUUUAAUCAUGGAUGAAUAAUGAUUUGCCAUCCAGCUUCAAACUAUGAUAUGAGAUCUCAGUUAAGAGGGAGCCCUGCCCAUCUUUAUUUCUUUUAUCUGGCCAUAUAAUUUGAAUAUAGAACAUCAAAAAAUCAGGCAACGUUCAUCGCAAAUCUUCAUUUCUUAACCAUUAUUUUAUUUUAACCUUGUUAGUACAUGCGAUCGCUUAAUAACUUCCGAGCUGAACAACCACACCAGCAUGCCAUGUAUUACCUCCGACUACUGAUGACAGAAGUUGCCUGGACCAAAGAUGAAUUAAAAGAAGCUUUAGACGGUGAGCUGCUGCCAGUUUAUAUAUUUUGCCCAUUUUAACUACAUCUUUUCUAUCUAAUGUGUAUUUUUACUUGUUUUGAUUUUAUGAUUGUUUAUUAGUCAAGCAUUUUUUAUCUCAACUGAACUUUGAGCAAAGUAUUUUAAUUUCAUCUCAGUCUUAAAUAGUAUCUGCAUUCAUACUACUGUUCUAUGGAGGGUAUGGAGAUUUUUAGUAAUUUAGAUUGACUUAAUGGUGGUGAGAAAACCUUUUAAAACCUUAUUGUCAUGUUCUAGGUUUUUAAGAUCUAAAUUUAGAAUUUAAAUAAUCCUUAAUGAUAACCAAAACCACAUUUGUUACAGAGGGAAUAUUAAAAUAACAAAGCUUUAAGCAUUUAAAAUAAGUCCAUUGUGAAGAAGCUUAGCAUAAUCAUCAAAAUAUCUUUCUCUAAAAUAUAUCUAGUUUAAAAUUAUCCACCAGCAAUAACUAGUCAAUCCAAGAAGAUCGUAAGCUUCCAAAAGUGUCUCAGAUGUGAAGUUUGAAGUCCCUCACAGAAAAGUCCCACAGUUUUGGUGCAGACAGAUUUCAAGAACUUAAUCCCCCUAACUGGGGCUUCAUUUAGUUCAAACAAUCUGCCCUUAAAGAGUGCCUUUUAAAUUCUGGGAUCUGGACAGCAUAAAAACACUUUAAGAAAUUAAUUCCAUAUUCCUGUGGAAGAAGUGGUUAUGCAGUAUGACCCAUGGAUAUAUAAUUUGCCUCUUAUUUUUUUACAGUUGCAGUUGUGCAGUUCUAAAAUUCUGUUUGAUAGUCCUAGGAGAGGGGUCUCCAAUACUGUUUGACUCUUAACUCCCAUUAGCCCCAGCCAAUAUAGUCAGUGUUCAGGAAUGAUGUGAAUUGUAGUGCAAAACACCUAGAUGUCAGUACAUUGAAUAUUCCUGUUUUCAGAUGAGAUUUCCAAAUACUUUUCAGAACCCCAGCAUGCUGAAUGCCAUUCCUUUCUUCCUCUCUCAAGUCCUGUUUCCCUGUUACCUUUUAAAAGUCCAGAGAUGCAGCUGUUCUAGCUCAUCAAUUUUCUUUGAGUCUAGGGAAAAUCAGAACAUUGGAGAAAGGUACAGGCACUGCCACUCAUCUGCUCACCAAGCAUAGUUGCUGCUUUUCCAGUUUGGCAAGCUGAACCUCCGUCAUAUUAAGUCUGUGAACUCUGUAAACACUCAGUCUCUUUCAAGACAAAGGCAAGCACAGUAAUAUUUGUUUUAUACUCUCAGCCAGACUCGUACAAUUUGCUCCACUUUGUUCAGGAACAUUGCAUGGGGCAGGGCAGAAUAUAGGUCUCAGGAAGAAAGCAGCAGAUAUUUAAUUCACUCACUCCAGUUUGCAGCCACAUAGCUCACUCAGGGCUCACGCUGCUCCACUUAGAAGCCCAUGUCUGUUAUCAGACAAAAGAACUGGGCCAACACAAACUCAUGAGUGAUUCUAAUGACAGCAACAGAGAAUGAAGCAAAGGGGAAAUCACUAUCCAAUCCAACCUAGUCCCCAUACACAUCUUCAGGGCCAGAUGUGCUAAAUGGUCUUAUGGAUGAAAUCAAACAUCCUUCUAGUUUAGCAUUCUGUUUGCAGCAGUGGCCAUCUAUAUGCCAUUGGAGAUGCUUACAGGCAGGACAUGAAGACAAGAACCCUCCUCUGCUGCCCCCCUCUGUUGUCCUUGCAGUAAUGGGACAACUUCAUUGCAUGUGGCACUGUCUUUAAGCGACACUGAAACAUCAGCACCGUCUAGUCAAUAUAAUCUCAGUUGAGAGGGGGUUCCAUAAGUGGAAGUCCAUCACUGAGAAGGCCCUGCUCCACUUCACCACCCCAUGGGCCUCGCCCUCCAGCAGCACCCAAGCAGGACUUCCUCCACAGGUCUUGGAGCAUAGGCUGGGCUGGGAGUUAUCAGGGGAGGCGCUCCUUUAAAUACUUGGAUCCCAGGUUGAAGAGGUCUCGUACACCAGUACUAAUACCUUGAAUUGGGCUAGGCAGAUAACCACCAGUCAGUGCAGAAUUUGUUGCAAUAUGAUUGCUUCUUGCCUCCCUGUGUAACAGCCAGCAUAAUCAUUCUGCGGUAGCUUCAGCCUCAAGAACAACCCCAAAUACAGCAUUCCUAUGUUCUCUACCUUACCAUCAGUGAUAUCAGAGAUCUUAUUCACACAGCAUCUAUUUACUAGUGAUCCAUAUGCCUGGCUGUAGACAGGCAGGAGGAAGAAAUUUCUUUCCAACAUUCUCUCCUCACCCCCUGACCCCUGUGUAUGUGUCCCAUCUUUCCCUUUGUACACUUCUACAAGGGAGUGGAGGUGUGAAAUCUAGGUUAUUCUGAUUGUUUAGUUUCUAAGGUCGAUUGCCACAAUCCACUCUGGUGGCGCUUAAACUUGUAUUCACCAUUUACAUUCAUCUACACUCACAUGUGUUUCAGUGGGUGUUUGGAUGUGCCUGUAGCUAAAGGCAUUAAUCCUACCAUACAUAUCUAUGAAAAGUUUAAUUAAUUUCAAAAUAACCACCAAUCUCUGAAACUGCCAUUCAGAAAUAAUUGCUGUCAAGAUGAUGGGGAAUGAUAAACUACAUGUUCUUUUAUGUAGUUAACAGCUUAAGCUUUAUCUUCAGCCACCACCUGAAUGACUGUUACUAUUUUUGAGGCUGGAUGUCUGUUUAGCCUAACUGCAGUGCAGCAUAGUCUGUCUGUCUGCCUUUCUCUUUUCUUUUCUGUGUUGGAAUCUGGGUCAAAUAACAUGUGAAUUCUAAGCAAGGCAAACUACGCAGUGAGCACUGCAAUUUUGUCCUGGAAACUUUCCCAAACCUGAAUAUUUGUGAAGAAAACUCCCACUGACUUUUGUUGAUUAUUAUAAAUUUCUUUGUCAUCUAAGACAUGUAUUGCAUUUUAGGAUGAUAUAGGCCCUGUUUUUCGAAAUGGAAAAUGUGAUUGAUUUUAAACAUCUAAAUAUCUAUUGUAGAUGUCACCCUUCCCCGUCUCAAGGCCUUUAUUUCUCAGCUGUUGUCACGGUUACACAUUGAAGCACUUCUCCAUGGCAAUAUAACAAAACAGGUUGGUUUGAUACGUUUUUCACCAGAAGCAGAUUUAUACUGAUAAUUGUACGUAAAAUCAAGGGUUUACUUAAGUUUCUCUAUCUUUUAUCCAUGCUUGCUUUUUAAAUCUUCAUAAGCUUUUCUGUCAGUGAGUCUCUCUUACAGGUUUGCUUGUCCAAUAUUGUUCUGUGGGUGUCUUUAACUAGAGAAAAGAGUAUAAAAUAACACAGAAAGGCUAUGACAUCUAUUUGAAAUGAAAUCUGCACAAUGCUGUAUCCCAGACUUAAGUUUCUGUUUCUUAAUACAUAUCUUGGGGACAGUACAGGUGCACAAUCAUAUCUGUGAUGUCUCUUUAAGCAUACUUUUCACAUUCAAGAUUGAACUGUUUGGCUGUGUGAUGCUUCCUUUUUGUCCCAGAUAAGUAACUGACCCUGUUAAGUAACUGACCCUGUUAAGUGAUUUCUUAAAAUCAAGCAAAACUACUUGAAUGUUCAAGGGACUUGCAUUCCAACAUGUAUUGGAAUGAGCUUUCAGGCAGUUUAUACUUCAUGGUAUCUGUGCAGUCUGCUUCAGUGAUGAAAUAAGGUUGUAAAAUUGAAUGCUAGAUCCACACACUUAAGUUCUCAAACAGGCAUAUAAUUUGAACCAAGAGCAUGUAUUUAAAAUAGCUGAGAAUGAAGUCAGUGGCUAAUGUUAAAUGGCAGUCUGUGAGCUGGAAAUAAUAGACAUUGUGACUUUAAUGUUAUAGUAUAAGAUUGCCUGGUACAGCUUUGUGAGAUGUUUGAAUAUUAUCUUAGCAAAGGAGUUUAAUGCAGCGAUGUUAAUGGUACUUUUGAUGAAAUUAUAGAGCUAGUUUGCUUCCAUACCUACCUGUAAAAUGAGACUAGGGUCUUACAUAUUUGCACUAAGUAUGACAGCUCUGUAUUGCGUAUAUUGGUUGGAUAAAAUAAGUAAGAGGAAGAUACCAACAGCCAUGUUUGUAGAAAAAAACUUUAAGGUACUGUAUCUGUAGAAACUGUGUAUAUUUUAUGUUAAGAGGCAACAGUGAAUGAGCAUGUCCAGCUCACUUAUUUCUGAGCAUCUUAAAAUAACCCUUAAUGCCAUAGUAAUGGUAAAAUAAUUUGACUUAAAGCAAACCAAAAGGGCAAAGUCUCAAAGUCCUCCCGCAUGAGCCAUUAAGAACUAGUAAAAACUAUUUGAGUCUCCCCAGAUAGUGAACUGCGCAGUGAACAAUUACAUCUACCAUACCUGGAUAUUUGGUUUCAUGGAAGAGGAAGUGGCUUUCCUAUUUGUUUAAUCAAACCACACCCUGGUUUAGCGUUUUAAAAUGUUUUCUUUUCUAUGCAAGGUUACUUUCUGUGAGGUAAGAAUCCAAAAGGUUUUGGCUUACUGAAUUUGAAUUUUAAAGCACAUUUUAAAUGAGAUUUUCUUGAGUUCAGAUCAGUUGACCCAGCCUUGUAGUUUUCAUUUUGAAGUUGCAUAUCUGAAUAUGACUGUAUAUUUCAAAAAGGCUUCGGAGUUUUGCAUCUCUAUAAGCACAGUUAGCUUUUAACAGCCUAUAUUAUUUUGGAUUUAAUUUCAAUACAUCUUGAUGAGUUUGUUUCCUCUAUAAAGGCUUUCCCUAGAGUGACUUCAGGCUUUUUUGUAGGUUUGUUUCUCAUUAUCGUAAGGUUUUCUUUGGUACUUUAAUGCAUAGUGAUUUUGAUAUCAACUCCAGAAAGUAAGACUCCUCUCUGGAGAUGGUCAAAGGGUUUUAUAACAUUGGCUUGUCAAAGGCAUUCUUGCUGUUUGUGCAGCUGUAUUGUUUUAGCCCCAUGAUGCAUACACGUCUCUCAUAGUUACAGGCUUAAGAGGACCAUGGACUUGGAACUUAAUCAAUGCAUAAAGUAGGAAAUGAAGGGGGAACUAAGGAAUUGUGUGGUUUCACUAAACUUUCAGAAACCAAAUGCAGAAGAGCAGGAGACAAGAGUAAUAUGGGGCCCUUUGACCCAUGAUACAGCAGAUGCUGGCUGUGGACAUCAAAGUAGCAAUGAGUUGAUAUAUUUUCUUUAAAUGAAGAGGGGUGGCAGGGAGGAAAAAACAAUUCAGCCUUGUGUGCUAAAAUGUAGGGCACAGGCAUUGCAUAUAAAAUGUGUAUUUAUUUAUUUAUUUAUUUAUUUAUUUAUUUAAAAGUUGAUCUUGUUUUCUAAAAGUAUUUAAAACAUAAUGUAGAAACAGAGAUUCAGCCUUUCAGUUUUGCGUGCUUCAUAGCUGUCACACGUACUAACUCGGCUUUGCAUUCCUAAUGCUUGCAUCUGCUGCAAUUAGUCAUCUCCUUUUCCUUUCUAAUUUUGCCAUUUCCCCUAAUACCUGUUAUCCUUCUGUGUGCUACCACAUGGACAAUUGCCAGGAGAUGAAUAAACUCUCUGAUGAAUUUCUUCUCUUCCAGGCUGCAUUAGGAAUUAUGCAAAUGAUUGAAGACACUCUCAUUGAGCAUGCUCAUACAAAACCUUUGCUUCCGAGCCAGCUUGUAAGGUAUAGAGAAGUACAGCUGCCUGACAGUAAGUUGUCCAUUUGGACAUAAGCUAUAAAACAUAUAAAGCUGAGGUUCAUGGUGCUUACAUUUGCAAUAAGUCAGGAUGAAAUUUCUUGAUUUGUUUUUAGAAAGUGACUUGCUUUCAGUACUGCAUGGCAAAUAUUUCAAAAUCAACGCCAAAAUGAUAUAUAUUUUUGGCAACAAUAAUCUAGGUCUGUGUUGUGAAUCUCUGUGUUAGUUUUGGAGGAAAAGGUCUUCCUCACUGAAUAGAGUACAGAAUUACUAUACAAAUGAAAUCACUCAAGUCUCAGUAUUUGACUUUCAAAUAUAUAUCCUGAAUUUGUUGACAGACUGCAAAGAGUUAAGCACUGCAGAGUAGGAAAAUGGAUAGCAAUGUGUAGAGGUGCAUCAUGGGCAGAUCAUGCACCAUUUUGGGGCUGGUUGCUAAUGUGGAAACGGGAACUACUGUUUACCAAAUCAGUCACUGGCAUUGUUUGGGGUAAUUAUGCAUCUGAUAAUAAUAUAAGCUGAAGUUCUUUGCUCAUGGAACAAAGAAACCAUGACUAGAAAAAGUAAUUCAUCUCAGUCCUGGGCCUCCAGAUUGCAUUUAUAUAGAGUACUUAUACUCUCUCUGCGAUGUACACUAGUUUAGAGAAGAAAAUAUAUUUCCCCUUCCAUUCAAAUUCUGUUGACAAUGGAUGGUUCCCUGCUUGACCAUCUUUCAAAAUGACCCUUUACAUCAUUUUCAUGUUUUUUUAGGAGGUUGGUUCGUCUAUCAACAGAGGAACGAGGUUCAUAACAAUUGUGGCAUUGAAAUAUAUUAUCAAACAGAUAUGCAAAGCACCUCAGAGAAUAUGUUUUUGGAGCUCUUCUGUCAAAUCAUCUCAGAGCCUUGCUUCAAUACUCUGCGCACUAAAGAACAGUUAGGUAAAUAAUAGAUUGCCUCUCUCCAUAGAUCACCUAAAUAUUGUUAUAGUGAGCAGAAAUUGGAUUGUAUACUUCAGCCACUAUAGUUCAAUGUAAUGUGCUGUCCAUGUGAUGGCUGUGGAAUCUUAUUGCUGGUUUGGGGCCCUUCAUGCUCAGUGACAAAUCAAGGAAAUCACUGUUUCAAAGAGAUACAGGAGAAUCAUGAAAGUGAUUUAUACAAUUUUAAUAUAUAUGCUGUUUUCUUCAUGGUCAAAAUGCAUAAUGUGAGAUCCCUCCAUUAGCUUGCACGAAAGCUAAAACCUGAGAUUAGUUACGAUAGUUAUAUCAUCUAUUCACUCGAUGUAAGGCCAUUUAAGGCACUAAUGGUUAUGUUAGAAUUUGGCCAGAAUUCAAGGGCAGAAAUACAAACCCCUUCUGCCUUUUUAAAUUAUUUAUUUAGUGAGUCUAAUAGAAUGAAUUAUUUGGUUUUUUUCAAGGUUACAUUGUGUUCAGUGGUCCACGGCGGGCAAAUGGUAUCCAAGGACUACGAUUUAUCAUCCAGUCAGAAAAACCUCCACACUACUUGGAGAGCAGGGUUGAAGCUUUUUUAAAAACCAUGGAGAAGAGUAUAGAGGACAUGUCUGAUGAAGCCUUCCAGAAGCACAUCCAGGCUUUAGCAAUUCGUCGUCUUGACAAACCAAAGAAACUGUCUGCUGAGUGUGCAAAAUACUGGGGCGAAAUUAUUUCCCAGCAAUAUAACUUUGACAGAGGUAAGAAGCACUCCCAAGCUGGAAAUGUAAUUUUUUUGGAUGACAGCUUAACAAAAGUAACAAUUCAGACCAUCUAAAAGUGUACCCACCAUGCAUGAUAAAAUAAUAAUAUUUAGUUCUGGAAUACACUUGGAAGAUUAAUUAGUGUCAAAAGUCACAAUGCUGGGAUGCUGCACAUAGCCGGGGCGACCCGGUCAGAUGGGUGGGGUACAAAUAAUAAUUUUUUAAAAUUAAAUUAUUAUUACGGCAGCUAUUUCUGUGGUAUUACCAAUUUCUUUGCCCCAUCUAGACCACAUUCCAUUUUUGAAACCUGCCUGGCAUGUAUUCUUAUAACCGAUUAUGUGAUGAGGGAUUUGCAUUCUGGAAAUUCCAGUGCUGCCUUAUCCCUUCCUUUGCAUCACUGUAAGAACAUAUGAUGCUUGAUGCAGAUACUCCUGAUCCAUUAAUCAUAGUUAAGAACAUGGAAUGUCACAUGUGCAUUCAGAAAAUGUCCUGAUCCUUCAGGAUAGCAAUAUUUUCAGUGACAGGCAUAUCCCGGGUAUAGGGCGGUAUAUAAAUUCAAUAAAUAAUAAUUAUAAUUACAAUAUGUUGAGGUGAUGUGAUUUGAAGGAAGUGUAAAUUGCAUAAUUGUAUUAAUUAUAAACUUUGUCGUCCAGAUAACAUUGAAGUGGCAUAUCUCAAAACUCUUACUAAGGAUGAUAUUAUGCACUUUUAUAAGGUAAGCUGAUCAUAAUAUUUCUGAUUAGUUUAGCUUCUGAUUGUAAAAUUGUGUAAAAUUUAAGGGAAUAUAUUAAUAACAGUUUGAGAACUUGAUAAGCAUCACAACUUUUAUCUAAAUGGAGUAUACAUAUACCAGAUGUUAAAAUGUUGCUGUGUGCUAUGAACAUGAAAAUAGAGCCUGUGAGUACAUUCUUCUGUUUUUUAUUUUAUUCCACAUUCUUUUUAUCAGGGUAAAAAUGUUGCUCCCCAAUUAUUCUUGCUAACUUAAUUCUGUGCAUACUGUCAGCAUAAUUCAAACAUGUAAAUGAUAGGGUUUUUUUCUCUUUUUUGCCUGGACAAGCCAAAGCUCUUUACAGGAACAAUUAUAUAUAUCUGUGUGGGUUAAAAUUGUGACACUAUAUUCUAAAAGCUUUUUAAAGUAGAGGGGGGUGGGGAAGAACAACUUUUUUGUUGUUGUUCUUUAGCCAGAUUCUACAAAGCACACGUUGUCCUUGGGGACAUCUCUGCAGCUACUAUUGUCAUUGUUACGUAUAGCACCUGAACUGUUUGUGUGCUGUAUUUAAGGAAGUUAUAGGGUUGUUUGAACCUUGCAAUCAGCUCUGUAUGUAUAACAGUAAUUGGUGAUUUUGCAAAAUUAAUAAUAUUGCCUUAUUGAGCAGCUGCUUAUUGCAAUACAAGUACAUAGCAGAGGAGUCCUAUAUUCCAACUCGGUGGUUCUCAACCAGUGGGCCGUGGCACCCUGGGGUGGCUUGAAUGAUCGUCACGGGUGCCAUGGACAACACUGGCCUCUGUCUCUCCUUCUUUCCUUCCCUCCCUCCUCUGAUACCCUCUUGCAUCUCUGCCUCCCAAAGGCUUGCACAACUGUUUGUUGCAGCAGCCCUGGCUAUGAGCUCCCCAGGCGAAUGGUGUCUCUGGGGCUGGCCAGGGGGUGCUUCCCAGGCCCCUGUGGGGCAGUGGGAGGAGGCACCUCUCUUGGGGGGGGGCAGCUCAGAGACCAGGGGUGGCAGCUACCCAGAGGAUUCCCAAGGAGAGGGGAGAAAAGAGGAAGCUGAGGGAACACUCUACAAGGGAGGCUGUUUGAAAAGAGGUGAGGGGCUGCUAGCUUUGCAGGCAGGGGGUGACAUAAUUGGGCUCCAGAGGCCCACGGGGUGCCACAGAAAGAAUAUUGUUGGUCAAGGGAGCCAUGGACCCAAAAAGGUUGAAAACCUCUGGUCUAACUUAAGCCCAGCUUGGAAGAUACAAGGAGAAAAAAACAACAGGAACAAUACAAAAGAUAAUAGUGUUAUUGUUUUCCUGUCCUCCUUGUGGGCUUCCCAUAGCCAUUGGCUUGGCCAUUGUGAGAGCAAAAUGCCGCACAAGCUAGGCCUUUGGUCUGAUCCGAUAGGGCCACUCUUACGAUAUUAACAGCAGUCAUGCUCCCAAUGUCCCUGGAAUAACCUCCCCAAAUCAGGGGCAAGACUGCAACAGCACUCACAUGCCACAUGGACACAGAGAGAGGCACUCUGUGCAUGCUAAGAGGUGUGCAACCAUCAGGUCACAAUGCCCGCAACUUGUAAGAAAGACAGAAAGAUAAACAAUGCCAAAAGGCACAGCGCUGUCUGCUAAAGCAGUAGCGCACAUGCAAAACAUUUCCCCCCUCCAAACUGCCAGUGGAAGAAAGCAAUACGACCAGAUGGCAGUAACAAGCAAGGGUUCAAUGUGUGCAGCUUGCAAGGCAGGUAAAAAUGAAUACGUUAAACAUAUUCCAGGGCUGUUGGUUCAAGUUCAGACGAACUAAUUUUCCCCCUUUAAUAACUGGUGCUUAUUAAAAAGAGCAUGGUCACUACAGUUUUGAAGUGACUCAGACAAAUUCAUGCAUGCUUUUUGGAUCUUUGGUUUGAAUAGCCUAAGCAGAAUACAUGUUACAUAUAUGCCAGUAUUGGUUUUGGGAGUAGUACAACAGAACAAGGUGGAGGUGGACAAGGAAGCACAUGACUCUUCAGCAGUAGAAGCCCAACUAAUGAACCCUCCCCCCACCCCCAGGCUAGAAACCAUACAAAAGGGUAUUUCCUUCCAUGCCCCAAUGGUUGCAGAGCAUGAAGUACCGGGGGAAGCCAAAUGCACACACAGCUGAAAGAGGCAGCAUAUAAGGGCAGUGCACAUCCCUUUGGGUCCCUGUUUUCAAACAGCAGAGUGGAUUAGGAGAGAGCUCUGAAUCCUUAUCCUGUCUGUCAAACACAGCUGCUCGGUGUGCAGUUAAAAUGCAUGGUUGCAGACUAUGUAAUCAAGAGGUAGAAGAUGUGCUUUCAGUGUCUCCACACCAGGAGCAGUCAUGAGGAUAUCCAAGAUGAUAGCCAUGCUCCUCCUAUCAAUCCACCCCUUAUGCACACACACCCCACACCAUAUUCCUCCACCCACACCCCCAGUCCAUUCAUUCCCCCAUCAUUGCAUCUGUCCAGCUUUUGCAUGCGCGCGCACACACACACACACACACACACACACUGCAAGAAGGGAUGCAAGAAAGGGAAUGAAAUACUGUGCAGCAUUUCUGUUGAACAGAUUACAAGGCAACUUCUUUGAAGUGAGGCAAACUUCUUUCUGCCAUCUAAAAAAGUAAAUUAAAAAAUAUUUUGGAAUUGAAGCCUCUCUUAAAAAAAUAAUUGUGUAAGGAGUUUGCCAUUAACUGCCCCCCCCCCCCCGACUUUGGAAUGGAGAUGCUUUUUCUAGAACAACUUUAGUUACUUUUAAUUAUGAAUGCUCAUUGUGUUCAAGUCAGUGCUAAUAGAACUUGACUGUGCAUUGCAUCAGGGUUUUCAGUAGACUUGUCAUUACGGCCGAUUAAGAAAAUGUUAAUUAUUGAUAUAAGUGCAUUGUAGUUAAAUUAUUUGAUUACAGUUGUGGAAGGCAUUUGAUUUACUCCCCAGCUAAUUCUGUUAAUGAAGCUUUUAAAAGAUUUGAGCAACUGACAGCUAUAUCGACUUUGAAUUGCUUAGUCUUGCCAUACAUUUUAAUAUUGCUCUUAAGCAUUGCUGGUGUUUCUAGAUUAUUCAAAAAUGGCUCUCAUGUCUAGUUAAGUGCACCUAUUUCAUCAUUAAUUUUAUUUACCUUCCACAGUAUGUGGAAGAGAUUUUGGCGGAAUUUGAGGUUUUCUUGGGCAGGCUGCAAGCAUUAUGUAACAGCCAGGGUGAGUUAAUGGGGUGGACUCACUGGCAUAACUGAAAUAUUGACAAGCCAGCCCUGCUCAGGAUCAGGGAGGGGCCCAGUAGGUCAGUUUUGUUUAACACUGAACAGGAGUUUUCAUGUUUGCAAAAGAGUGACUUGAGAUUGUAUAUGACAGCAUAAGAAGCAGCAGUUGGCUGCAUAUCACAGUGUGCAUAGGCUACAUAUUUCUCUUCCUUUUUGGACAUUCCACCCUACUUGGAUAAAGUGUCCUGCUUGGGUCAGGCACAUCUGCUCCAGGCUGGCAGACUUUCUUGCACACUUUGGUCUGCAGUACAGAUGUUCCUGUGCUUUUGUUGGAAUAACCGAUUCUCAUCUCUCUUUCCUCUGUCUUUCUGUAGGAGAUGUUGUCAGUUGAUGCUCAAAGAAGGCACAAAGUAUCCGUGCAUGUACUAGCACGGGAAAUGGAUUCCUGUAAGUACUGAGUGCCUUUCUUUGUUUCCAAAUAAUCUUCACUCAAGUUUGCACAGAAAAACACUUGGUAGAACAAACAGAAUCUUUUGCAAAGGAUGGUUAUGACCUCUAGUGGAUUGGUGGGAGUAUUCACUCUCAGGGGUCCUGGAGAAUAACAAAUGUGAGAAAAGUUUGCAAGUGUGCAGAUUUUCAAGCAGCAUGAAAAGCAGUUCAACCCUUUGCUUUUAGUGGUCUGUUUAAUAUCUGUGUAUAAAAGUAGAUGUUUUCCUAGAGGUUUAUGAACUGUUGUUGUUGUUGUUGUUGCUUUAAACAGGCCCUGUUGUGGGAGAAUUUCCAUCUCAGAAUGAUGUAAACCUGGCACCAGCUCCACCACUGCCACAGGUAAGAUGUUUUUUAAUCAUUUCUGGAAAAAAAGAGAGUGCCCAAUAUACGCUCCAACACUGUUAUUUCUCGCUCAGCCUUAUCAUGUUUAGAAGUAACUAUCCCGGUGUUCAAAUGAGGCUGGUGGUGCAUAUCACCACCAGGAAAUGCAUUACUCAUGAGACCUAUCUGACUGCUAUGCUUGGGACAGCUUAACCACUGUGUGAACAAGCCUUUAGAAAAAUUGUGAGUGUCGUGAAUAGUAUAGAUUUGGGGUGUGGCACUUCUGGUACAUGGAGCUAAUUAGGCCCAAUUAGGCUUCUGUAUUUGGCCAUUUGAAGCAAACCACACCUACCUGUCAAGCACAGAGAGAUGUUCCUGUCUUAAGAUUGUCAUCAUAACAUAUUGGAUAUAUAGUUUUGUAAGAAGCCAUUUUUUAGGCAAUAUUAUCUCGUAAAUUUUGCAUCUGAAGGAAGUUCUUAUGUUAAGGUUUGGAUCUUAGUUAUAUUUUUUUUUGCUAUUGGCUUUUUAACUGAGACUUAAGGACUUGGUCACCCUUUGGCUGAUGAUUUAAAAAAAUGAAUUUUGCUUCAGUGAAUACAUAUAGGCUACGUGCUUGAUUCUCAAAGUUUCUUUUUCUAAAAUGUUUCUUUGCAGCCAGACGUGAUUCAGAAUAUGACAGAGUUCAAACGCAGUCUGCCACUCUUUCCUCUGGUGAAGCCACAUAUCAAUUUCAUGGCUGCAAAACUGUGA